AAGUUUGGAGCUUUUAGCUGCCAGUCCUGGCCCAUCAUGUAGGUGCAGCAGAGCCUUCCUUACCAUUGCAAUAGGGGGUGAAAACCCACUUUGCAAUCUGUUUUGCAAGGUGUGCAAUUGCAGUUCCUUCCUCUGCAAGGAGAUCUGCUGCAGGGAGUCAGAAAAACUCCAGUUGCAUGAAGACUGAGCGCUUGCAGUUUUCAUCUUUGUUGCAAAACUAGCUACUGAAGAGAGAAGGCAAAGUCUUUUGUGUUCCCCUCCCCCAUCAAAGCAGAGGGGAAAAUGUCUCAGCCGAGAGGUAAGGCUCCGACUUGCGUUCCUUGCAGAUAUGCAAAAAGUCGUCCAUGCAUUAUGGAAUUGCAUGCAUGCAAUUUUGGGGAUGCAAUUGCAUUUUGAAGUUUGAGGCUUUGAAUAGCUCUCAGUUGCAUUUCCUGUUUAGAAUGUACCUUUUUUUUUUCCUCCUUGCAGACACACACUGGCGCGCGCACACACACUCACGCACAUACACACAGGCACACAUAGUUCCUGUAAGGCAGGGCUUGCAGUUCAGCUGUGCAUUGACGUUAUUUGCAUUCUUCUGCUGGGAUUACAGAGCUCUUUUUUUGCCUUUUGCACAGUCAGGGCAGAUAAAGGCUUUUGAAGGGCUUAUGCAUUUAGCUGCUGUAUAUUUUCUUUUUUUCUUUUUCCAAAAAAGGCGAAAUGCAAAUCUGCAAGACAAUUUACCUUGCAAAUUUAAGCCAAACCUUGUAUUAAAAAAAAUAAAAUUAUCUGGAGGAAAUGGAAGGUGAAACUUGAGUGGAGUUACUAAGAAUUAAAUAUAUGCCUCUGUUUCUAUGGGAAAGUAUUGUUCUGAUGCCAAUGCUGAGCUCAUUUUCCACAGACCUAACCCCCCCCCCCCCCGUCGUCGCAAGCUGUGCGUGUAGUUUUAGGAAUGGAUUUGAGAAAGUUACGCAAGGAAGUCUCCUACGUUUUCUUAUACUGGAACACGGAUUUCUUGGUUUGGGAUGUGUGUAAAUGGAGGGAGAGCAGAUCUUUUUCUCAAAAGUACUGGAGAAGGUUUUGUGUCCUAAGGCUGGCAACACGGUUUAAAAGAUGGGCAAACGUGGAAGGAUAAUGGACAUGGAAUAAAAAUGUAGACAAGCGUCCCCUUCAAACUUUAGAAGAGUAAUGUUGAAAGUGGGAACUACUGUAGCCAUCCUGCGUGGGUCUUGCAGUUAGGGGAGGAAUCUAGUUGUCUAUGCAUGGAUAUACGGAUUCAGUUUUCUGGGUUUUAUUACAUUUUGCAUUACAAAUAUCUGUCUUACAGAGGUUGCAAGACUUGUGGGUUUGGAUUCUGUGCACAGUGGUGCAGAAUGCAUUUUGGGAAGCCACUUGUAUGAGUUCCUUUAUCGACGACUUCAUUUUUCCCUCUGCAGAGUGGUCGGGAAAGGGGGCUAGAGAGGCAAUGGGUGCUAAUCGCAGUGUUUGAUGUCAACCCCCCCUUUCCCUAGUUGCACUUUGUGGCGGCUGAAUUGCAUAAUUUAUUCCCUAUUUACUGCAGUCCUCUCUUCGGGCCAAAUGGAGGCUGAUUGGAAGCUCUCCGCAGAAAAGAGCCCAACAGGUUUUUUUUGCCAGUCUAAAAGGAUGGCUAGCAGAGAAUGUGGCACUCUUCCUUUCUUUUCGGAUCCAACAUGUUGAUCUAGUUAGCAGCCAAGAGGGGAAUCCAUCAUUUGAUACACGGAGGAGGAAAAGGGGAGGAUGUAAAAACCUGAAUCUCCCUUCUCUUGCCUUGGAAAAACUGAUUAAAGCUGGAGGAGAGAGACAGUGAAAAAGUACUCCUUUUUUUGAGGGACUGGAUUUGUCUAAAUUGAAGGGAAAAGUGCACCAAUUCAUUCAGGUUAGAUCUUGCUUUCAUUCAGUUUUGUUUGCGGCCAGGAUCCAUCAUCUUGUCUGGUAAGGCCAUCAUUUACCAGCCUAGAAUUCCAGUUUCCUUUCCAACUCUCAUUCUGUCCACGUGAAGCAAUUCCAUACAUAUAUUUAGAUGUGUAGAAUGCAAUUUUCAGGUAGAUGAGGUUGUGUGUGUGUUUUUUUAGGUACUAUAAAGAACACAAAUGAAGCAAAUGCGGGCUCCGAAAACAUCUAGAGACCUUUAUUUCAAAAGAAUAAAGGUGUCUGUAUGCAGCAGAAGAACUGUAAGGGGUAGUGUGUUAAACCGGCAGAACGAAAAAGGCCUAACUUUGAGGUUUGUGGGGGUAACUGUGUACACAGAACUUCAGAUUGUAAGCUCAUUGGGGACAAGCGACUUGUCUUUUGCUCAGGUUACCCUGCAGUGUUAACUGGUGGGUUGGACAACAGGGAGUGAAGGAAGUAAAACACAAGGGUUACAAGGCUUCAAUAUAAAGGAAAUACAAUUGCAUUUACUUGAUAUUUCUUUCAGCCGAGCAUGAGAACUAUGGGAUUCUGUGGAUUGUUUUUGAGAUGCUAUAAGAGAUGCAAUAUUUUUAAAAUAAUACACCUUGACAACUGUAAUGGCACAAAGGAAUCUUCUUUUGGGUAUGCUUUUUUAAACACGAGAUUGAUGAAGGUAAUGGUAAAGGUAAAGGACCCCUGGAUGGUUAAGUCCAGUCAAAGGCGACUAUGGGGUCGCGGUGCUCAUCUCGCUUUCAGGCUGACGGAGCUGGCGUUUGUCCACAGACAGAUUCCCGGGUCAUGUGUCCAUCAUGACUAAACCACUUAUGGCGCAAUGGGACACCAUGAUGGAAGCCAGAGCGCAUGGAAACGCCGUUUACCUUCCUGCUGCAGCAGUACCCAUUUAUCUACUUGCACUGGCAUGCUUUCGAAUUGCUAGGUUGGCAGGAGCUGGGACCGAGCAACGGGAGCUCACCUCGUCGCAGGGAUUUGAACCACCAACCUUCUGAUCGGCAAGCCCAAGAGGCUCAGUGGUUUAGACUACAGUGCCACCCAUGUCCCUAGAUUAAUAAAAGGAGAAGCUAGCUCCCUGCCAUGCAAAUGAUUAUUCAGAUACAGUGUCCAAGGGGCUGUCACAUGGAGGAUGGAGCAAGCUUGUUUUCUCCUAAGACUGAACCAAUGGCUUGCAAGUUACAAGAAAGGGGAUUCCGACUAAACAUCAGGAAGAACUUUCUGACAGGGAGAACUGUUUGACUGUGAAAGAGAUCACCACGAGAGAUGGUGGACUCUCCUUCCUUGGAGGUUUUUAAGCAGAGGUUGGAUGGCCACCUGUCAUGGAUGCUUUAGCUGAGAUUCCUGCAUUGCAGAUCACCCUUAGGUAACCUUCUGAUUCUGUGAUUCUGUAUCUUUUUUUUUUUUAUUACCUAAAUUGUGGCAUUUAUUUCUGGUCUGUGGGAUUUUCUUUUUUAUAAGCGCAAGCUGCUGGUCCUAACCCAAAUGGGGAAAGUUGAUCAUGUGAAACCUUUGUCUGGGUGCCAGCUCAUGCUGCUAGCAGAAGCGCCAAGGCAGACUACAUAAGGGGGACGUAUCCAUGGGGCAAGCCAGUUCUUCUGAAAUGGCAAGCUAAUCUAGGACUGUUGGCAUACGGAAGCAUUUCCAGGUACCCUCACCUCGUGGUAAGACGGAUUUAAGUGGUACUUAGCUCUCAACAAUGUUGGAAUCCCCUCCCUUUAGUGCAUGGAUAGCUCAGUUGGUUAGAGUAAUGCCAAGGUUGCAGGUCCGAUCCCCAUCCUAUGGGACAGCUGCAUUUUCCUGCAUUGCAGGGGGUUGGACUAAGAUGAUCCUGAGGGUCCCUUCCAACUCUACAAUUCUAUGAUUCUAUAUUAUAUCAGACAGGCACUGUAUCUUACUGUUCGGAGUCUGCUGAAAACCUUCCUCUUCCAACAAGACCUUUAAGCCGAUAUCUUUCUCAGUCUGUGCUGGAAUUGUUCUUAGGUGUUGUAAUUCAGGGGUCACCAACCCGAUGACUGUGGGCACCGCAGUGCCUGAAAAUGCCUUCAUGGCAAAGACCCCAAAUUGAGCUUUUAAAGAAAUUAUUUAAAGUAAGCCGCUAGCUCUCCGAGAAAGAAAUAUAUAAGGGUACCAUUCUAAGUGAUUUCUGUGAAAUUAGCCAGUCUGGCUGUCCCCACCUGUCAGUUGUUUUCAGUCAAUAAAUGAAAUAUGCCCCCUUUGAAAACCUUUUGCAUACCCCGGGACGAUGGAAAUACAGAUCUAGGCGAAAGCCAUAAGGUUGCAGUCCUAACCUUACUUUACUUUUGAGCGCUGUUGAAUUCAGCAGGACUUUGUUAACAUUGUCAGGACUAAAUCCCGUUUUAGCUCACAGUCUUUUUGGUUUCUGAUAUUGAACCGUUCACAAUUAUCUCAAGGCUCCUCCAGACAUCCUUCUUAUUGCACAUUCAUCCUCACCUGUGCUCGUGAUGCACUCAAAUUGUUUAUGCAUGAUGGCGCUUUCAAUGCCAUUUGCACAUGCAAAUAUUUCAGGGUGAUUAUACUGCUUUGGCUGUCAUCGGUCAGGGCCCUGAAGUUUCCUGCUAAAUAUAUGCAAAUUUUUAUACUACAAAUCCUUUACAGUCGUAUCUUGGUUCUCGAAUGCCUUGUGACUCAAAUAUUUUGGCUCCUGAAUGUCGCAAACCUGGAAGCAAGUGUUCUGGUUUGCAAACUUUUUUUUGGAAGCCGAAUGUCCGACGUGGCUUCCGAUUGAGUGCAGGAAGCUCCUGCAGCCAAUCUGAAACUGUGGCUUGGAUUUUGAAUGUUUUUGGAAGUUGAACGGACUUCGGAGCAGAUUCCGUUUGAGAACCAAGGUACGACUGUAAUAAUAACAAUAAUAUUAUUUAUACUCUGCCCAUCUGGCUGGGUUCCAGCAAAAUAUAAAAACACAAUAAAACGUCAAACAUUAAAAACAGGACUGCAUUCAGAUAAUGUGCUGAAAUGUACCCACUCAUUUGAUGUAACCACUCCUGCAUAGUUCCUAUUGAUGCCAGGCGCUGGCAUUCCAUUGUGUGUGGAAACGAGCUUUGGUUUAGCCCUGCAACCGCAGCCUGAACCCAAACCCUUGAAAGUGUACAAAUAGAAGCAUGGCAUCAUAGUGCAACUAUCUUACACUUAGUGUAGAGGGUGAGCAAUUUUUUUGGGGGGGGAGGGGUGGAAACACAGAAAACAGAAUAGGUAGAGUUCAAGUGUGGAUGCAGUGACGCAGAAACGUUAGAAAGUAUAAGAGAACAGCUGAGAAUGUGGGCUGAUCUGAUAGAAAUCCAUUUCAGAUGCCCUACCAGUGGCAUAGCGUUGUUUGCUGGUGCCCAGGGCAUGCUGGGCGGGAGGGCUGUGCUCACACUGUUAGUGGCGGUGGGAGGGCAGCCUAGUUGCUGACGCCAUUGGAGCGACUCCACCCCCACCAGAGCAAAGUGGGGCUGUGCUGAAUUGCCUGUCGGCCUGCACAGGGGGGAGCCUGGCCGGUGGGCAGAGAGGAACAUCAGGCCAUGCCACGCUGGGCUCACCUGCAUGGGGAUGCCUAGUUUGUGCUCCCUCCCUGGCACUUCCCACGCUAUGCGCCCAUGCCCUACUAAUGCAUCAGUGCCAUGUCGCUGCAUACAGCUGCUAUCUGACACACAGCUGUGAGGCAUUUGCGAGCUUUUUUGCGGAGAAGGUCCUGUUGCUCCGCCAUGACCUCCCUGCCAAUUUGGAUACAAUAAAGGAACUGGAGGCCCCUCGACUGUCCUCGGGUCCAGUAUUGGACCACUUUGAUCGGAUAUCCCCAGCCGAUGUGGACAGACUCCUCCGAGCUGGAAAGCCCACCACCUGUCCUCUUGACCCGUGCCCGUCUUGGCUGAUUAGAGCGUGUCCAGACGAGGUGCGGGCCCCCCGGGGAUAUCAUCAAUUUGUCCCUUGGCACCGGGAUAUUUCCAGGGGAACUGAAGGAGGCAGUGGUGCGCCCGCUCUUAAAGAAAACAUCAUUAGAUCCCUUAGAUCUAUCCAAUUACCGCCCGGUUUCGAAUCUUCCAUUCCUGGGUAAGGUGAUUGAGAGAGUGGUUGCUGAACAGCUUGGUAGGUUUCUGGAUGAAACAUCGGCUCUGGAUCCAUUCCAGUCUGGCUUCCGUGCUGGUCAUGGGACCGAGACGGCUCUGGUCGCCCUAACAGAUGAUCUCCGCAGGCAGCUGGAUCGAGGCGGGUCGGGGCUGCUGAUUCUUCUAGACCUGUCAGCAGCCUUUGACAUGGUUGAUCACGAACUCCUGGACCACCGCCUUGCCGACGUGGGGAUCCAGGGCACAGUCCUUCAAUGGCUGCGCUCGUUUCUCUCCAGUCGGGGACAGAGGGUGGCGCUUGGGGGGGAAUUGUCAUCCCGCCACUCCUUGGUGUGUGGAGUGCCUCAGGGUGCGAUACUCUCCCGAUGCUUUUAACAUCUUUAUGCGCCCUCGCCCAGCUUGUCCGGAGUUUUGGGCUGGGUUGCCAUCAGUAUGCCGAUGACACCCAACUCUAUCUGUUGAUGGAUGGCCAUCCUGACUCGGCCCCAGACACACUGACCAGAUGUUUGGAAGCUGUGGCUGGAUGGUUACGUGGAAGCCGGUUGAAGUUGAAUCCUUCGAAGACAGAGGUCCUCUGGCUGGGACGGGACGAUAUGGGAUUGGGGGGGCAACUCCCAUCUCUUGCGGGGUGCAAUUAGUGCCAGCACCGUCCGUUAAGAGUUUGGGUGUAAUCUUCGAUACCUCCCUCUCUAUGGAGGCGCAGAUUACAGCUAUAACAAAGGCGGCAUUUUUUCAUCUCCGCCAAGCUAAGCAGUUGGCCCCUUAUCUCUCUCGCCCUGACCUAGCCACUGUGAUCCACGCGACGGUCACCUCCAGACUGGAUUAUUGUAACUCGCUCUACGUGGGGCUGCCCUUGAGACUGACCCAGAAACUCCAGCGGGUGCAGAAUGCCGCGGCGAGACUCCUUAUGGGGUCUUCGCUGCGAGAUCACAUUCAUCCGGUACUAUACCAACUGCACUGGCUCCCGGUGGAGUACAGGAUCAGGUUUAAGGUGCUGGUUUUAACCUUUAAAGCCCUAUACGGCCUAGGACCCUCGUACCUACGGGACCGCCUCUCCUGGUAUGCCCCACAGAGGAACCUACGGUCUGCAAAUAAAAACAUCCUGAAGGUCCCAGGCCUCAGAGAGGUUAGGCUGGCCUCAACUAGAGCCAGGGCUUUCUCGGCUGCGGCUCCGAUCUAGUGGAACGCUCUGUCACAAGAGACUAGGGCCCUGCGGGACCUGACAUCUUUCCGCAAGGCCUGCAAGACAGAGUUGUUCCACCAGGCCUUUGGUUAGGGCCCAGCCUGACUCCCUCCUCUGGCAACCUGCACAGAACUUUGCUUAACGGUUGCCAUUAAUUUGAUUUUAAUUAAAUUUUAUAAUGAAAUGUUUUAGAAUGUUGGAUUAUUUGAUUGUUUGAUUAUUUGUUUGUUGUUAGCCGCCCUGAGCCUGGCUUUGGCUGGGGAGGGCGGGAUAUAAAUAAAAUUUAUUAUUAUUAUUAUUAUUAUUAUUAUUAAACAGCAGUCUGGAGGGGGCCUCAAUAUUCCAUUAAACCCUUAUUGAACCUGGAACGCUUCACAAAGGAGUUCAACAGGUGUAUGGCAGCCACUUUGAGCUACCAAGUCUAAUAAUGCCACAGACAGCACUUCUGAAGGGGUCGCGAGGUUCUCUUGACUUUAGCUCUUUGCUAGUUCCGUUCAGAAGAGUUGGCUGUGAUUGCGUUCGGUUAAGUUUUGCUUUGCUUUCGUGUGCAAUCUUGAUCGCGUAGCUAGCGUUAAGGCAACGUGAAUGACUAUUUACAGAACUGGUUGCAAGAGGUUAAAUACUGAAGUAAUGCUCUCCAUUGUUUAGUGGAAGGAUAAUUAGUUCUGGGUGCUUGAAAUCGGCACUUAGCUGGAAUUAGUCACUGAAAAUUAUCCCCAGGUAAAAGAGCACAGCAAAGGUUGAGCUCCAAAGUGCCCUGUGCUGGAAUGGAAAGUGCUUCAGCUCAUGGGGGGGUGGGAUGCUGGGAGAGAGAAUAGGAGCUGCAGACCUUUUGCGAGUCUUCGAGGUGCAUUGAGUUCCCCUGACCUUCAGGAGAGGCCUUUUGUGAUAGGGAGGAAGGGUGGCAAUGGGUUUCGGCAGGUUCUGUUGCACGCAGGGUAUCCCCUAUGAAACCUAGCCGUGGCAUAUCAAGAGCAGCAUCUGCUAAGGUGAAGUUUCUUUGCUCAUUCAAAAGUGUUCUUUAUUUCACUGCUUAUAAAUAUACAUAAGAAGCCACUUCUGUGGAAGCCCUUUGUAAGGGCUGCUUCUGCAAUGGGCCUCCUCCCCCUGUGUGCCCCUCCACUUCAAAAUACAGUGGUACCUCGGGUUACAUAUGCUUCAGGUUACAGACUCCGCUAACCCAGAAAUAUUACCUUGGGUUAAGAACUUUGAUGAGAACAGAAAUCGUGCAGUGGUGGCGUGGCAGCAGCAGGAGGCCCCAUUAGCUAAAGUGGUGCUUCAGGUUAAGAACAGUUUCAGAUUAAGAACAGACCUCCAGAACGAAUUAAGUUCUUAACCUGAGGUACCACUGUAAGUGGCUGUGAGGAGACCCCCCCUCCACUGCCCAGAACACUGGAGGAGAGGAGCGAUUGUUACAUCUGGCAAGCUGAUGUAGUUGCCCAGACAGUAUGAUUGUCUCAGCUUGAUGCUAAAUUCCACCCAGUGUGAUGGACGCAAAUAUUGGAUUAUGUUGAUAGUUCCACUCUGCAUCAGUUUCAGGUUGGGGCGGAAGGAUGCAAAACCAACAAGAACAUUAAAAACAAGCUUAAAAUAUUCCGUACUUGAACGUCUGUGACUUGUGGAAUAAUUAAAUGCAUCCUCUUCCUUUUUUCUUUUAAACAGUUGAUAAUGUGUUUGGUGUAUAUAUCCUCCCCUCCGCACACGGAAUAGGUUAGAAAAACAAAAAAAGCAAACGGGAGAAGAAGGCUUCUUCAUUGGUUUUCUGAUUUGCGGCUUCUAAUAUGCAUCAAGAUUUUGCAUGGCUCAAUCCCAUUUGGAUGUAACGACUUGAGAAAUGGGGAUGUGUAGUGGAAUUCUGUGCAAGAUGUGAACAGCAUCUGCUGUCUUUGAAAAGUGGUAGAAAAACGGUAUCCAUUGCACACAUGCCAGAUUUUCGUUGCAGCUGUGCCUCUCGGGAUAUUUUCUUGUAGACUGCCAUGGUGAUGAUGUUUGUGAAGGGCAGUUUGAAAAUUAAAUUAAAAAAUAAAUUAAAAUUAAAUACAGUGGUACCUCAGGUUACAUACGCUUCAGGUUACAUACGCUUCAGGUUACAGACUCCGCUAACCCAGAAAUAGUGCUUCAGGUUAAGAACUUCGCUUCAGCAUGAGAACAGAAAUCGUGCUCCGACGGCAUGGCAGCAGCAGGAGGCCCCAUUAGCUAAAGUGGUGCUUCAGGUUAAGAACAGUUUCAGGUUAAGAACAGACCUGCAGAACGAAUUAAGUACUUAACCCGAGGUACCACUGUACUGGUAACCCAAUGCUUGCCAGUUGCAAGGGACUGAUUUUGUGCAAGUCUCUUAUGUCCCUGAAGAGGAAUCUGGAGCCUCGCUUCACACACGAUCUGUGGUAGCUCUUUAGGCAAAGUUCUAUCUUUCUGACUCAAGUCAGGCAUGAGGUUUGAGAGUGUGAACUUGGUACAGUGACUUCUGGAUCCCAGUUGCAUCCGCGGAACCUGCCCCAUGCUGUGACGCCCCUCUUGCGGUGAGCUUACCAGGGUGGCUGAGGGCUGUUUGAAUUUUCCACAGUGCCCUAGAGUGAUGCUCACAGCUGCUUGCUGCUAUUGGGCCUCAACUCAGUGUUAGAAACUCAGAUGUAUUAGCUGGGUGCCAAAUGGCUCCAUAAGCCAAGGUUGUAGUUGCCAAACAUUUUUGGGGCCAGACAGCUCAAAAGUUGUAUUUUUCGAUUUGACUUUUUGGUUCCUGAAAUUCAUUCCGAUUGUGUAGAUACCAUAUAAUGGAUAGAAUUCUGCAGGAUGUGUUGUUAGUGUGUGUGAAAACAGACAAGAUCCAAGUCUUCCCAUUCAUUCACCUCCAGACGGUGGAGACAUCAGGCACCAUCCUGGCUCCCAGACAUUUUCACUUGGUGGGACGUGGUAGCUAGCCAGGUGCAAAAUAUUUGGAAAUAAACUAUGGCUUAUCAUACUGUGCAAGUUGGGCCAGCGAGAUCUAUGAAAUGCACAAAAGCACUAGAUUUAUUGUAGACAAUAUCUUUUUGUAUUGUAUAUUCCAUUUUUGUUAGAUGCUAUAAACUUUUGUAGGAGAGGUGGGGAAUAGUGGGGAAUAGGAAGGCAUGAAAAAGUGAAAAAUUGCUUAAGUCCACUUACGUAACGUGGGCACAGAUCAUGUUUAUUCCACUUUGGUUUUUGUGUGUUGCUGGUCUUAUGCCCUUGUUGAUAUAUGAAAAACGGGUGUAAAAAUGGUUUUUGACGAUCAUACGCUAUAAGACCUAGAAAACUGCAAAUAACCUUAAUAUCAUUGCUAACGAUGAUUUACAGAAAAUCCCUUUGCUUAUUGAAUUUGCAGCUUCUGACUUGCAUGUGUUGUAAUCUGAGUUAAUACGUUUAGCAGAGGUUUAAACUUCGUGAGUUUACUCUGUAGAUGAUUAUUAUCUUUGCUGCUAAAAUCUUCCUUAUGGCACGAUAGGGAUGCUGAACAUGUUCGACGGAAUCACUGAAUGUAUCUGAUAUGUGGUUGGCUUUUUGGGGGGGUGGGGUGGGGGGUUUCAUUAUAGCCUACUACUACCAAACCUAGUUUUUCCAGAGGGUCACUUUUGACCACCCUUGUUCCUCCAUUCAUCUGCUGCUGUAUGUCCUAAAGCAAAAGACGAUAACCGAUCCCAUGGUCCCCUAUUUAGAGCGAGGGGACUGAACAUAUGGCAUGACUUAUGGGGCUGGCUUUGGCCCAAAGGAUGCCAGCUUCUGAUCCCUAGACAAGUGGCUUCUAUGUUCUUACAUGCUAAUGUGUAGUUAAAUAUACACUUUAGCUAAUGAGACCUGCUGCUGCCGCGCCGCCGGAGCACGAUUUCUGUUCUCAUCCUGAAGUAAAGUUCUUAACCCGAGGUACUAUUUCUGGGUUAGCGGAGUCUGUAACCUGAAGCAUAUGUAACCUGAAGCGUAUGUAACCCGAGGUACCACUGUAUAUAUUUUGUUUUAAGGGCAGAACUGAACCUCUUUCAUAUUUAAAUAAUAAUAUUUGAAGCCAUGUGGUGCUGGGGUGUCCAGAAUUUAAAACCAGAAAGCUAAGUUAAAGAUUGGAGAGCAGAAAAAUAUCUCCUAAGCUGUUCACCGCCUUUGGAAUGCAGAGCGGCUCGGCUGCCUAAAUAGAUAUUGUUACUUUGAGUUCAUUCUGCCAAAUGAUUCUCACACCAAAUUUUGGAUGUUUUGCAAUGGGGGGUUGGGAUGGGUGGGAAUUUCCUGAAAGUUUGCCAUCUAUUCUCUGCGUGCGUGUGAUGCAGAGAGCCACGAACGUCGUUCUCGUAUGUGUGAUGCCCUCUGUGUUUCUUGGCAGGUGCCAACUCAUCUUGGAGGCGCACCACUGGCAAGAAACAAAACAUUUUAAAAGCCUUGCUGUGCGCCUUAGUGGGGCUUGUAUACAUAUAACAGCAUGAGCAGCUUGUGGGACAUACUUAAAUAUGUUGCAAAUGAAGCUAGUGCACAAAAAUAUUAGAUUAGUACACUUGCCCAAAAUGAAAAGAAUCUCCUGUCUCUUUCAUAGCCCCCUUGCCUGGUUGUCUGGAGGAAAUUCUGCAGGGAACAGGACUGGUGGCUGUUUACAAGCUUUCAAUAUUGCCUUUGUUUUUCGUCUAACCACACAGGUCUUGGAAAAGAAAAAUCCUGUGAUGUUAUAUCAGGUUGUAUUGGCGACAUACACAGAGAUGCCAUGGGAACUGUAGCAGUUUUCCACAGUGGUCCUUUGCUGCACAUGUGAUUCUGGAGCUUUAUUUUUUAAUUUUUUUAAUAAGCUGCAUGCAGUGCCUGUAAUGAGACAGUGGCUGCAGAGGGUGCAAUUAUACUUCAGAUGCAUUUUAGGAAAUCUUUCUUUUUUUUUGUGACCAGCUGGUUGUGCAGUUAUUUGUGUCUAUGUCUAUAUCUACAUGGAAUUGAACCCCAUUGAGUUCUGUGAAACCUACCCUCAGGAAAGAACAGGGCAGAGAAAGAAUUUUCCUUCUCACUUUGGCUAUUCCAUAGUUCCGUUGCCUUUUGCUAAGCAUAGGUAAACUACUGUUGCGUACUUCUCCAGGGUUAUGGGGGAAGGUUUACAGGUUUCAGAAGAGCAGUUUUUAAGGUGUUCCUCCAAUCCAACCCCCAGAAACCACGUGGUAAUUGGAUUAUUACCACUCUUCCCUUUGUUUGUAUUAUGCAGUGCAAAGAGUCACAGGCAAUAGGCAUUUGGUAAUGAACCUGUGAAGUGGCUGAAUGAGUGAGCUAGCCUGCCUCUAGAUCCGGGGUCAGCAACCUUUUUCAGUCGUGGGCCAGUCCGCCGUCCCUCAGACCAUGUGGGGGGCCAGACUGUAUUUUGAAAAAAGAACAAAUUCCUAGACUCCACAAAUAACCCAGAGAUGCAUUUUAAACAAAAGCACACAUUCUACUCAUGUAAAAACACAAGGCAGGCCCCACAAAUAACCCAGAGAUGCAUUUUAAAUAAAAGGACACAUUGUACUCAUGUAAAAACACGCUGAUUCCUGGACUGUCCGCGGGCUGGAUUUAGAAGGCGAUUGGACCGCAUCAGGCCCACGGGCCUUAGGUUGCCUACCCCUGCCCUAGAUCCUGUCUGUCUGUGUGUGUGUGUGUGUGUGUGCGCACGCAAGCCAUGCCCUCUGCCAAUGCACAAGUGGGGUCAAUCUGUUCUACAAUUCCAGAUUCUGUGUAGCUCACCCAGACAGACACCAGUAGUCAUACUUUGGCUGGGAGGCUGUGGCUGAGUGGUACCUAGGGGUGGGGCUGGUCAACAUACAGUGGUACCUUGGGUUAAGUACUUAAUUUGUUCCGGAGGUCCGUUCUUAACCUGAAACUGUUCUUAACCUGAAGCACCACUUUAGCUAAUGGGGCCUCCCGCUGCCGCCGCACCACUGGAGCACAAUUUCUGUUCUCAUCUUGAAGCAAAGUUCUUAACCCGAGGUACUAUUUCUGGGUUAGUGGAGUCUGUAACCUGAAGUGUAUGUAACCCGAGGUACCACUGUAUUCUGGAGAGUGCCCUUGGGAAGCAAAUGCAUGGAUAUGACGUGUAGGGGGCAGGCUGCAGGGGCUGCUGGAGCUGACAAAACAACAAGAUGGAACACAAGCAGGGUGCUUACGAAGCAUAAGCAGGGUACUUAGAAAGAUGAUAGCAAGCAGUUCUUGCAGGGAAUCGAGAAAGCCUGCAAAAGACGCUCUCCCAAAAUUGAGCACAUGCUAAUGAUUUCUUAAGGAAAAGGAAGCUGGGAUUUCCAGCUGCUAAGAACAAUCCAGUUGAUUUGGAGCUUCUGCUAAUUGAUUCAUUUGGCCCGUUUUGUCUGAUGCUCAUAUAUAUUCCUUGUCUGCCUGUCUAGAAAACGGCAGCAUUUAGAUAUAUAAAAAAUAAAUGCAAAGCUCUUUAUUUCCCGGGCCUGUGCAAUGUGAAAUUGAGCCAUUCCCUUGGAGGUUAGAGGGGUAGUGGUGCUGAAUUAAAAUUGGAUUGUUAUUAAUCAAUCCUACGAUUAUGAUUUCACCAAAUGGCUCUGCUAACUGUGGUCGCUUUCCUAGGGACAUCGUCCGUGACCAUGGCAUUUCCCAUAUUAAAAUUUUCAGAAAGAACUGCGAUUUCUGUCUGGUGCUUAAUGGUGGGUCAGACAUUGUGAGCCAAGAGUAGAGGUGCAGGGAAACAUAUGUAGAUGUUAGUCGCUGAAUUACUGGUAUGGAUAGCAUUCAGUGUUCAGCAUUAGCCAGGUGCCAGCCAGACACAUUUUGCUCCUGACUUUUGACCACUUGUGACCAAGUGAAGAUGUCUGGGCUCCAGGAUGGCGCAAGGCAUCUCCACCAUCUGCGGAUCACUGGAUCUGUACUGUUUACACACACAAAUACCUCCUCCUGUAGAAUUCUAUCAGUUACAUUUUAUCUGCACAAUUGGGAUGAAUUUCCGGAACCCAAUUGCUUUUCUGUGCUGCCUUGAGCAGGAGCAGUCACCAUUAAGGAAAAGAGGUUGGCAUAGGCCAAUAGAUACAUGGACUGGAUCAAGUGACCUUCUUUAAAUGCUCAAGGUUCUUUACAUAGUAGCUCAAGGCUGUCAUCUGAGCUAGUCAGAUGUUUAACUGAGAAUCAAUCAGUCAGUCCACUGUUUGAAAAACAAGACUUUAGAGUGGUCUUGCCCCAAAAUGACAACUGCAACCUUGGUGUAUUGGAGCUAUUUAGUGCCUACCUUAUAUAUCUGAGUUUCUAACACUGGAAGCAUUCACACUGGAAGGGCCAGUGUGACCCGUGAGUCCAGUGCAGAAGCACCCUGCUAUACCACUUCCACACCACCUGCUCCUUUGACAGUUCACAAAGUGUGUGCAUGUGAUUUUCUCCCCCACAGCUCAAGCUGUUUCUAUCUCCAGGCUGCCUCUAUGGAAUUUGAGCAUUCUGAACUUCAGACGGGCCACAUGGAGCUGAAGCAACUUGGUGCAGCUGGCUGGGGAUGGGCGAGAGUUUUUCUCUUUUACAAUCUGACCAAAUUGAGUUGCUCGAGGGGGCAAAGUAUUUUAUUAAGACCCAACAGCCGGGAGUUGCCGAUGUGUUCAGGAAAAGUGUAGGGGAUGUGUGUGUCUGUGUUGUCUCCCCUGCCCUGUUUUCCCACUCUUUGGGCCUUUGCUCUAUUUUCCAGAUCUGCAUUUUAUUCAACACCCAAGAGAUCAGUUGCUGAUCUCGGUGGUGUAAGUUGGAUCCUCGCUUGCUUCUGCUGCAGCCUCUAAGGGGAGCAGUCAUGCUCCUCCUCACAGGCUGUAGCCACGGUGGCCUGGUUGGGCUGUUCAGGUGGAAGGAGAGAGAGGAGCUUCCUACAUCUGUCCCAAACCAUCCUGAGUGAUGCACCUGUGCUGGCUGUAGGAACUGACUCCCUUUGAUUUGUUCCAUCCUUUAGGGAAAGAGCAGCCCACAGACUUAUUAGAGGAGGCAUUGCAGCUUCUCCAGUUCUUGACCACAGUAGACAUUCUGAAGCUCAGCAGAAGAACAAUCUGGUUAUCUUCUAAGAGAUAGGAUAGCAAACUUGGAAGCUGUCUUAUGCUGUCAUGCUUUUUGGUCCAUCUAGCUCAGUAUUGUUAUUUGUAUUUUCAAACUGCCCUUCAACCUACAGGUUCCCCAGUCUAAUAAAAUGCAAAAUUUAGGAAACCGUACAACUGUUACUAGCACAACAGAAUUUCAGCAGAACACAAUUCCAGCACUUCCAUCAACCUGACUUGCAGACUGCUCUGUCGCCUUAAGUAUGUUAGACCUGAUGUCAAAAAGUUAACAAUGAUGGGAACAAACAAUAUCUCAGUGCAAGGGAUUUCUGUAACUGGGGUGCUGCCUCCCCAGGGUUUCAAACAGAGGUCCUUCCCCGUCCUUCUUGGAGGUACUGGAAAUUGAACCCGGAGUCUCUUGCAUGAGAACCAUGUGCUGUACCACUGAUCUGCGGCAACUCUUCAUGAACUGUCAAAGCCACUACCCUUGAUCGUAGCAGGAGCAGAAUUGUUGCAACGGUGAUUAUUUUAUAAAGCUUACUGUUCAUCUAGCUGCCGUCUUUCUGGUGCCUGUUUCUUCCUUAGGUUCCUGAGUGAUUAGAUGCAAGAUAUCUAAAUGGCCUCUUAGAAUUCUUAAACGUUCUUUUCCUCUUCCACAACUUUUACCAUAGCAGCAGGUUCCCUGCCCCUCCUUGUUUGCUAGGUUGUUUUAUUCAGUUACUGUUCAAUAGCUUUCUUCAUCCUCUAAAUCAGGGAUAACCAACAUGGUACCCUCCAAAUUUUGUGGCAUCUACAACUCCUGUUAUCCCUGAUUGCUGUCCAUGCUUACUGGAACUGUAGUCCUAACAGCAUCUAGAGGGGACAUCAUGCUGGCUACCCUAGUUUGUCUACAACUUUAUUGAAAUUUGGACAUCAAAAGUUUUAAGUCCUUGGCUGCAUGGAUGGGAAAGGGCUCUCUCUCCCCCCUCUCUCUCCCUGUGUGUUUGUGUGAUGAGAGACUUCUUCCUGCUCCUGAGAUUUGCCUAACUCCUGUUAGUUGGGAGAUGCUGGCAUUUUCUCUUGUUUUCAUUUGACUGAUGGAAGUUUUGUUUUCUUCGUGUGUAUUUUAAUUCUUGCAUUGUAAUUCUGGUUCAUGGGCUCAGGGGUCCUUGGCUGCAAAGUGGAAUAAAAACAAGCUUACUCCCCCAAUUCCUCAUGAACAGAAAAGAAAGGGAAGAGAAGAAAAAUUAUGUUCCUCCCCCCCCCCUUAUUUUUGUUUAAAGGGAGCAGUGGGAUUAUGAAACACUUUCCCUUUACAGUACAGUGGUACCUCGGGUUACAGACGCUUCAGGCUACAGAUGCUUCAGGUUACAGACUCCUAACCCAGAAAUAGUACCUCGGGUUAAGAACUUUGCUUCAGGAUGAGAACAGAAAUCGUGUGGCGGCGGUGCGGCAGCAGCGGGAGGCCCCAUUAGCUAAAGUGGUACCUCUCAAGUUAAGAAUGGACCUCCAGAACGAAUUAAGUUAUUAACCCGAGGUACCACUGUAUGUGCAUCUUCACCCUGCUUCCAUUUGCCCAGAGUGCACAGACACAAAAGUUCUCUCAUGAAAUUUAUCAUUACGUAACUGGUUGAAGUGAAACCUACUGGCAUUUUUUAUUUUUUGCAGGGAAGAGCCCUUUUCAUUGAGCACCUCGAGAUGCUCACCGCACUGUGAAUGCUUAAGGCUGCAAUUCUUCUGUUGGGAGUUUUCUGUGGACUUCAGUAGGAGUAGGAUUGAAGAACAUAAGAGCUGAUCUGAUUGGACAUAGGGUGAAACCACAAAUGCUCUGUAUCUAAUUGUGAGAGAGGAAAUGGUGGCCUUUUGCAUGGUUGCUGCUUUUGUGUGGCUGUGUUUUCCACCCAGCCACGGGGGCUGGAAGGCGACCUAGAAAGCGCAGAAGACAUGAUAUCUCCCCACAACAGCACUGCCAGUCUCGAGGAAAGGGCCCACACCAUCUGUUUCUCCUGUCCCACCCACUUCCCUGUUUUAAAGACUGACUUGCAUUGCUCCAGGACUUCAGCACCUGGAAGCUGUCAUUGCACUGCAGCUAGAAGGAUUUUCUGGGGUGUGUUUGGGCAUUCAGAUACGGUGCUUCUGAUUUAAGAGGCAGCGCAUAGAAUUAUAGAAUGGUAGAGUUGGAAGGGGCCAUAAGGGUCAUCUAGUCCAACCCCCUGCAAUGCAGGAGUCUUUUGCCCAAAAGAUUAGGGAUUGGGAACCUGUGACCCUAUUGCUGGACUCCCAACUCACAUCGUUUUCAGCCAGGAUGGCCAGCGGGAGUUGUCAUCCAUCAACAUUUGGAGGAUGGAAAGUUCUUGAACAUUGAUGGUACAGUGGUACCUCGGGUUACAUACACUUCAGGUUACAUACGCUUCAGGUUACAGACUCCGCUACCCCAGAAAUAGUACCUCGGGUUAAGAACUUUGCUUCAGGAUGAGAACAGAAAUCGUGCUCUGGCGGCGCGGCAGCAGCAGGAGGCCCCAUUAGCUUAAGUGGUGCUUCAGGUUAAGAACAGUUUCAGGUUAAGAACGGACCUCCGGAGAGAAUUAAGUACUUAACCCGAGGUACCACUGUAUUACAAUACCAUCAGUUACAUGAAAUGUUUAAAUUAGAUAGAAAAAAAUGGUUUUGCGGACCGAAGCUCACAAUUCGAAAAAGAACUGCUGCAAAACAAAGAGACACUUUUGUCUAAAAUGUAUAAUUUGUUAUUAGACUGGGAAACAAAAGAGAAGCUUGUUAAAGCCACAAUGACACACUGGGCAAUAGAUAUAGGACACAAUAUAGAUUUUAACCUCGGAGGAAAACUCUGGAAAAGUGACUUGAGGUUUACAGCAUGUUAUUCUUUGAAGGAGAACUACCGGAAAAUGAUUCACAGAUGGUAUUUAACUCAGAGUAGGCUUGCGAAGAUGUAUCAGUCCGAAUCAGAUAAGUGCUGGAGAUGCAGAGAGGUGGAGGGAAGGUUCUUUCACAUGUGGUGAACUUGUAAAAGCGUAAAAGAGUAUUGGGAAAUGAUCCAUAAUGAAUUGGGAAAAAAAAUGUGUAAAAGUACUCCCCCCCCCCAAAAAAAACCUCAGAGUCCUUUCUGUUGGGGAUAAUUCUGGACUGAAGUUCCCAGGUGACAAAAAGGGUUAUUUAUGUAUGCCACUACUGCAGCCCGUGUUUUGUUAGCCCAAAAAUGGAAAACGAGUGAGGUCCCAACUAAAGAAAAAUGGCAACUUAAGUUGACGGAAUAUGUACAACUCGCAGACUUAACAUAUAGUAUAAGAGAACAAGAAGUACAUACAGUGGUACCUCUGGUUGCGGACGGGAUCCAUUCCAGAGCUCUGGUCGGAUCCUGAGGUUUCUACAACCAGAGGGACCGCUUCUGCACAUGCGCGUGCGGUGGUAGAGCGAUUCUGCGCAUGCGUGCGGUGUGGUAGAGCGAUUCUGUGCAUGCGCACACGGUGAAAUCCGGAAAAAUACUUCUGGGUUUGCCGCAUACGUAUCCCAAAGGAUACAUAACCGGAGGUGAACAUAAGUAGAGGUACCACUGUACAUUUAGAGAAGAUUGGAAAACGUUUAUUCAAUAUGUGGGAAAUAAUUCUGUACAGCUGAAAACGCUGGCAGCAUUAAGAUAAAUUCAACAGUAUAAGCAAGUUUUGAUGGAUAUAAUGGAAUACUGAAUGGUAUAGUUUUUGUAAAAUAUGUAGGGAUUUAUGAUAUGUAAAAUGAACCAUGGAAAGAGAAGAAGGGAAAGCACUGAUGUUCUGCACCCUACUGGGUUGAGAGGAUACAGUUUGUUCCGGAUUCCCUGUUGCAUUGAAUUGGUUUAUGCUGUAUUCUUAAACUCUUGAGCUGACCGUACAUUUAGGGCACCCUGUGUACCUGCACAGAGUUGCAUUUGUGCUUGGGUUACCCCCUCCAAAAAAAGAAGGGGAACGAAAAGAGGUAGGGAAGGGAGUCAGGGUUAAAGUGGUGUGUAAUAUCUUUUUGCAAGAAUGCCAGAGGUACGUUUUAUAACAGUACUCAUUUUGAGGCCUUCCAUAAUGUGCCCUAAUAGCUCGCUGUUGCUUAAAUAUGUGACCUUCCUUAAAUACUUGCUGGGCAAAUGACCACAUACUGUAUCCAUAUAAAAAAAAUAUAUUUUGGUAUAAUUGGGUGAUUGUCGAAAGCAAGCAGAGUCUGCUUAACCGUAGCUAGAGAAAUGCUAGGCACGUCUCCGAUUGUGGAGUGCCUUUCUUCCUCGGAUGACGUUUGUCCUGGAAUUGGAAUUUGAAAGGGGAGGCCAUGUGAACUGGAAGCAGAGAAGCAAAUAGAGGCCUGCCUGCCGAGGAACAACAAACAGAGGUCACUUUCCUGGCUGGCCAGAAUUACUUAUGUAAAGUCACUCUAGCAGACAGCGAGAGGCCUGUUGCUACAGAGCAUCGAAGAGCGAAAUCAUGAAGACAUGGGUUCUGCUUCUUUAUUUGUGUUCCAGGCCCUUGCCCUUAUCCUGAAACUUUGCCAGAACACUGCAUUUCUUCCUAAUACCUGGCAUAUUUGUAACUUCAUCUUCUUAUUGGAAAGCUUUAGAAACACAUUUUUGAAGUGUGUGAAAUAGUGGCGUGAAAAUCAGCUUUAAAAAACAAAACAAAAGUUUAAUUAUAACUGCAACAAAAUCCUGAAAACCAAUUUUCACCUAACUUUAUUGCUCUCUCUUUUUAAAUCUAUGGAAGCCUUCAGAUUUUUUUGGGGGGGGGGGAGGAGGGAGGUAAUUACACAUCUCUACAGAACAGAAAAACUUCAACCUCCUUUUUUUUUUUUUGCAGUGUAUAACCAGUUUCUGCAUGGUUGCAAAUUGUAGAUAAAAUCAGAAUGGUUUUAACUGUUCUACUUAAUCAGUUCUUUUAAUGCAACCUAACAACCUCAGAUAAGGGAUGCGGGUGGCGCUGUGGGUAAAAGCCUCAGCGCCUAGGGCUUGCCGAUCUAAAGGUCGGCGGUUUGAAUCCCCACGGCGGGGUGCGCUCCCGUUGCUCGGUCCCAGCGCCUGCCAACCUAGCAGUUCGAAAGCACCCCCGGGUGCAAGUAGAUAAAUAGGGACCGCUUACUGGUGGGAAGGUAAACGGCGUUUCCGUGUGCUGCGCUGGCUCGCCAGAUGCAGCUUUGUCACGCUGGCCACGUGACCUGGAAGUGUCUCCGGACAGCACUGGCCCCCGGCCUCUUAAGUGAGAUGGGCGCACAACCCUAGAGUCUGUCAAGACUGGCCCGUACGGGCAGGGGUACCUUUACCUUUUUUAACAACCUCAGAUAUGCAGAUGACACAACUUUGAUGGCAGAAAGUGAGGAGGAAUUGAAGUACCUCUUAAUGACGGUGAAAGAGGAGAGCGCAAAAUAUGGCCUGAAGCUCAACAUCAAAAAAACUAAGCUCAUGGCCACUGGUCCCAUCACCUCCUGGCAAAUAGAAGGGGAAGAAAUGGAGGCAGUGAGAGAUUUUACUUUCUUGGGCUCCAUGAUCAUUGCAGAUGGUGGCAGCAGUCAUGAAAUUAAAAGACGCCUGCUUCUUGGGAGAAAAGUGAUGACAAACCUAGUCAGCAUCUUAAAAAGCAGAGACAUCACUUUACCGACAAAGGUCUGUAUAGUUAAAGCUAUGGUUUUCCCAGUAGUAAUGUAUGGAAGUGAGAGCUGGACCAUAAAGAAGGCAGAUUGCUGAAGAAUUGAUGCUUUUGAAUUAUGGUGCUGGAGGAGACUCUUGAUAGUCCCAUAGACUGCAAGAAGAUCAAACCUAUCCAUUCUUAAGGAAAUCAGCCCUGAGUGCUCACUGGAAGGACAGGUUCUGAAGCUGAGGCUCCAAUACUUUGGCCACCUCAUGAGAAGAGAAGACUCUCUGGAAAAGAACCUGAUGUUGGUAAAGAUGGAGGGCACAAGGAGAAGGGGACGACAACCAAGGAGAAGAUGGUUGGACAGUGUUCUCGAAGCUACGGACAUGAGUUUGACCAAGCUGCGGGAGGCAGUGGAAGACAGGAGUGCCUGGCAUGCUCUGGUCCACGGGGUCACGAAGAGUCGGACACAACUAAACAACUAAACAACCACCACCACCUGUUUUCACUCAUUCCAAUUUUGGUAAAAUGGAAUUAGCUUAGCUUAGAGAGCCAUUGUGGUGUAGUGGUUAAGAGCAGUAGACUCGUAAUCUGGUGAACCGGGUUCGCAUCCCCACUUCUCCACAUGCAGCUGCUGGGUGACCUUGGACUAGUCACACUUCUCUGAAGUCUCUCAGCCUCACUCACCUCACAGAGUGUUUGUUGUGGGGGAGGAAGAGAAAGGAGAAUGUUAGCCGCUUUGAGACUGCUUCAGGUAGUGAUAAAGUGGGAUAUCAAAUCCAAUUUCCUCCUCCUCCUCCUCCUCCUCCUCCUCCUCUUCUUCUUCUUCUUCUUCUUCUAUACCAUUGCAGUGAGAUACAGUACCUACAUUUUGUUCCAUAUGACUACAGUAUAGUAUAAAAUGAAAACUACCCAUAAUGAAGUUCUGUCCAGAUUUUCCUCUAGAAAACUAAGCAUUGAGGGCCAAGUUGCACAUUAUAUUGGAUGUUUAGCUAUGUCUUUGUAUUCUUUCUUCUUUAAUGACAGGUGGGGAGUGUUGUUACUGGGAAGGGGAGUUUAUCAUCCUCCCACAAAAAACCCACCCCAUUGUGGCUAUAAGCCAUUUUAAACAGUUCCCAUUAGCACCAUUAGAAACCUUUCUCCUAAGGCUCAUAGUUGCACAAGGAGUUUUGUUCUGACUGCAACCAGGGUGGGAAAAGAUAAGCCUCUUUUUUUCUUUUGAACUUCAUUUCCCCUAACAGCACUGCCUCCCAGCAGCACCUCUAGUUAAAAAGGCAGUGGGCUAGGGGGAGAUCACAUAGGUACAUGCCAAGCAGUUCAGUGUAAUGUGAUGCUUGUCCCUGACACUCUGUGAUCCAUCAGAGUUUCCUGAUACAGAGGUACCUUGGUUCUCAAACUUAAUCCGCUCCGGAAGUCCGUUCCAAAACCAAGGCCUGCUUUCCCAUAGAAAGUAAUGCAGAAUAGAUUAAUCCGUUCCAGACUUUUAAAAACAACCCGUAAAACAGCAAUUUAACAUGAAUUUUACUAUCUAACGAGACCAUCGAUCCAUAAAAUGAAAGCAGUAAGCAAUGUACUGCAGUCACACAAUCAAUCAAUCAGUAGCUGAACUGGGUUCCACAGUCACAAAAACAAAACAAAAAAGCCGCAAAAACAAAAACGCAAAAUAAAUAGCAAAACCAGACAGACCUCAGUGUAACACUCAAAGUGGAAGUGUGGCACUCAAAUCGGAAGUGUAACACUCAAAAUGGAGUACGUUUGGCUUCCAAAAAAGGUUCACAAACCAGAACACUUAGUUUGCAGUGUUUGGGUUCCAAGUUGUUUGAGUACCAAGGUGUUUGAGAACCAAGGUACAACUGUACCUCAUUGACCCUAGAGCUUUAUGAAUAAGAGAGGAAAUAUGGGAAUAAAUGUCAACAGCUACUAGUUGUAGGUGGUAUAAAUACUUCUCCCCUCUUGAAACUGGGUGUUUAAAUAUGAAACACAGAAACCAGGUCUUGCAAAUAGGGACUACAUUUUUUUCUGAUAUCUCAAUAUUGAAGGGAGGGGUGUGUUAAAAACAACGAGUGUCAAGUAGGUGACUUAAAGACUUCGCUUAACUCGGCCUGUCAAGUUUUUCCAACUACAGUUCCCGUUUUCUUUUGUGUGGUUUAUUAUGUUUCACAGUACUAAUUAUUGGAAAAUAGGUAUGUCCACAUGCGCACAGCAGUGAUAAUUCUCCCCAUUUUGUUCGGUUUUAGAAUCAACAAUGCUUUAAGUUACUGUGGUCUUUUAAAAGGUUCAAAAGGCAAUGUGCGAAGGGGAAACAUUUCCCUUGGAAUCCAGUGACCUGAGAGAGCGGGUCACAAGGAUGAGAAAAUUAAGCAUCUGCUAAACAAAAAGGAUCCCCAGUGAAACUGAAAGGACUCCAAGCCUCUCACAAUCCAGUUUUUUUUUCUUUUUACAGCUUGAAAUUCCUGUGGUUUUCCGUGUUUGAGAUAAGCAGCAAUGGGGAAAACACUAUUUUUGGGAUGAAAAGGCAGCGUAGCCGCUGAACUUUGGGUAGAAAGGAACUGCAAGUGUGAUUUAUGCACCAUGGGGGAAUCACAAGCAGUGCUCCCCCAGCUGCCCAUGUCUCUGGAUUUUUAUUGGUAUUGGUUUAAGAGAUAACUUAUAACAGAGGUUACGAGGGCUUGUGAUUUUUUUUGUCAAGCCUAGUGCUGCAUUGAUUCUCUCCUGAGCUGAAAAAGAGAUUUAUCUUCCCUGUGUCCGUGCGUAAUCGGGGUGGGUGCGGUUGGCCUAUGAAUGAACUCGGUACCCCAAUAUUAAGUGACCGACUGGGCUUCAUUUGAAUGGCUUUGCCUGCAUCCACAUCAUUUCCCAGCAUUCACCCACUCCUGUGAGGUGAUCAGCAGUUGCUCCACAGUGAAGGCUGCAAGAUUCAUCUUCUGCAAAAUGUCACUGCCUGGCAUCUGCGAACACCAGCUCAUUCCUGGCGCAUUAUGACUCGGAGUGAUAGUCUCUCCAGUCACCAUUCCACGUACGAGCUGUCUGUCUGUCUCCAGUCCUCUCCCUCGCCGUUGUGUUGUUUCCCCAUUUAUUCCUUUAUUGCCCUGCGACUGACAGGACCAGGCUUGUUCUGUGCCUAUUCAGUUAACUUUUCCUAGAACGGGAGACACUUUUUAUCAGAACAAUCAGUCUUGUUCUUUCACUCCCACAAGGCCGUAGCUUUGCAGCAGUUUUAAAAUAUCUGGAUAUGAAGAUGUUUUCUUUUCUCUUUGUCAUUUUUUGACAUUUUCGGUGUUGUCAAGACGCAAUUCACUGCACCGGAGUGGGAGAUGCUAUCAUCUAGCCCCCAAGAUACAUUGGUUAAUCAAUGAAUCUUUGGCUUGGUGCAAGGUUGAACAUUAUCUCCGACUCACAUUUUAAUCUAAGCCACUCAGAUUAAAACUCUUCUUUCCCUUUUCAUGUACUGUUGCAAUGGGGAAACCCAUGACUACAAAGCCCAUCAUCCCUGGCCAUUGACAGUGCUGCCUGGUACUGAUGGGAGUUGGAGUCCAACGACAUCUAAAUAAUAAUAAUGAUGAUGAUAAUAAUAAUAAUAAUAUAAUAUAAUAUAAUAAUAAUAAUAAUAAUAAUAAUAAUUAUAAUAUAAUAUAAUAAUAAUAACAACAACAACAACAAUAAUAAUAAUAAUAAUAAUAAUAAUAAUAAUAAUAAUUUAUUAUUUGUACCCCGCCCAUCUGGCUGGGUUUCCCCAGCCACUCUGGGCGGCUUCCACAGAAACCAAAAAUACACUAAAAUGUCACACAUUAAAAACUUCCCUGAACAGGGCUGCCUUAAGAUGUCUUCUGAAUGUCAGGUACAGUGGUGCCCCGCAAGACGAAUGCCUCGCAAGACGGAAAAACCGCUAGACGAAAGGGUUUUCCGUUUUGAAGUUGCUUCGCAGGACGAAUUCCCCUAUGGGCUUGCUUCGCAAGACGAAAAUACCUUGCGAGUCUAGAGAUUUUUUUCGCUUUUCCCCCUUUAUCUAAUCUGCUAAGCCUUUAAUAGCCUUUAAUAGCCUUUUAGCAGCUAAUCCCCUAAGCCUUUAAGCCUUUAAUAGCCGCUAAACAGCUGAUAGCGCUAAUAGCGCUAAUCCGUCAAUGGGCUUGCUUCGCAAGACGAAAAAACCGCUAGACGAAGACUCUUGCGGAACGGAUUAAUUUCGUCUUGCGAGGCACCACUGUAGUUGUUUAUCGCUUUGACAUCUGAUGGGAGGGCAUUCCACAGGGCGGGUGCCACUACCGAGAAGGCCCUCUGCCUGGUUCCCUGUAGCUUUGCUUCUUGCAAUGAGGGAACCACCAGAAGGCCCUUGGCGCCGGACCUCAGCUGGAUCUAAAGAGCCAGUUUUCCUGUCCCUGACUUACACAGUGGCAGCUGCUGUGGUAGUGAUGUUACCAGAGGGAGAGAGAGAGGGAGGUCUUGCUCUUCAGAGGAAUCCUGGUACCAGUGGUGGUGCAGCAGUCUAAGAGCCAGGGACGAACGAUGGAGAUAGAGACUCAGAGUGAGUUAUGAGCAAGUUUGGAGCUCUGGGGGAAGGUGGGGAAGUUUCAGUCGCAUUCCAAGGCCAGCUUGGAGGAAUUUAUCCAUCACCAACCUGUUGUCAGCAAAGCUCUAAAAUCCACUCUUUAUUUUGGAAAUUUGUUCAUCUGUUUGUCCGUUCUCCGUACAUUUGUACACUUAAAGUAUCGCAACCCAGUUUUGCACUAUGGUUCCUGAAAUACAGAAACACGUUUUUGUCUAUGUUUUGGACCUUUAUAAAAUUGGACACCUUUCGGAACCAAGGUGAUGGACAGAACCUAUCAAAUCUGCUCUGAUUUUGUGUUUAUCCAGUAAGAAAAUGAUAUAAAAUUAGAAACAGCGGGGGGUGGGGGGUGGGGGGAGGGAAGUUGCAGAAAACAUCGGUGGAAUUCGUUUAUUUUCUGUUGUCGAAACAUUGUAAAAGGCAAAACAAAAAAUAAAAUAAAUAAAAAACAACUGCUCUGAUUCUCAGAAAUUCCAAUCAACAUCAGGCCAUUCCUGCUAGUGGAAAAUAAAUGCAACCUAAGAUUUAUUGGCAGUUUUAAACAACUAGCUAAAUAUAAAAGCAAAUACAAAUAAUGUUCGCAUGCAAGAUAUUUGAGGUAGUUGUCUCCUCUUCUAUACUCCAAAGUUCCUCAAAAUCUUGUUCUGGUCUUUUUAUAAUGACAAGUGUUGUUUUUUUCCACGGGUCAGAAAAAUGUGAGUUCUUUUGCAAGUGUGAAGAAGAACAAUCUGGUGAAUCCUUUUCAAAUCCCAGAAUAUAAAUAAAUUGCAGAAUUAAGCCUGCCAUGGAAUGCAACAGUAAAACACAACAAAGGCCAAUAACACCCACCCUCUCAUUUUUUAAAACUUCAUUUCCUCAUUCCCUCUUAACAACAGACGUGGUCCAGUGCCGAAACUGACCCAUUUUCAGACAAAUCAGUGGGGCUCUGCCGGCUGCAGUGGGGUGAAAAUCCCUAGUGUAAAGUAUUUCCUUAUUUCAAAGGAUGUUAAUAGAUAGCAGUAUAUAAAUCAGUAUCAACAAGAGCAUCAUUCUAGAGGGUACUACCCUUCCAAAUGUUCGUAUACAGGGAACAUCAGCUGUCUGAUCUCCAGCAAGCGAUGUGUUAAAACGCAAGACUGAUGUAACAGCUCUAAGAGAGGCUUGAUUGAUUUAGGAAAUAAAAGUGGAGUUAGCAGGAUACGAGGGCCUGUUGAAAGGGGAAGAAAACAAGUGCCAGGAUUUGCGCUAGAUGGGAUGAUGGCCAUUCUCUUCUGAGACUGAAUGAUUAAUAGAAAACUGAGUAAUCUUUGCAGGAUUUCCUGGCUUGUAAUAGAGGGGGUGGGAUUAUUAUGUAUAGCCAACUCUUGUUUGCGGGUUUUCGAAAAGACAAUUGGCUGUUUGGAGGCCACAUUAUAACAUGUGUUGCAGUGAGAUUAUCUGUAUGUCAGGAAGUAGUAAUUGUGGUUCAUGGUCCUUGUGGGGAGGGGUCCAUUGACCAGCACUUGUUGACAUAUGCAUACUUUGACAUCUGUAAAUUUUCCAGUGCAUUCUUUGUCACUAGACUUUGGACACUGGGCUUUAUGCAUGCCAGAUUACUGUGCAAUAAAUAACAAAAAUGGCAGGUGUAUGUGUGUAUGAGUGUGUGUGUGUGUAUUCUGCAUUCUGCCCAUGGAAGCUGCUGAAUGCACAAAGAUAUCAGCAGAUGUAGAGUGAGAUCAAAUAAUACUACAGUGGUACCUCGGGUUACAGAUGCUUCAGGUUACAGACUCUGCUAACCCAGAAAUAGUACCUCAGGUUAAGAACUUUACCUCAGGAUGAGAACAGAAAUCGCGCGGCGGCGGCAGGAGGCCCCAUUAGCUAAAGUGGUACCUCAGGUUAAGAACAGUUUCAGGUUAAGAACGGACCUCCAGAACGAAUUAAGUUCUUAACACGAGGUACCACUGUACUCCUAACUACUAAAAAACCUGGAAAACUCUCUAGAUAAAUACCUAUCGUAACUGUAUUAUAUCACAUUACAGAAUAGCAAUACUUGGGUUUCCAGAUAUAUACAUAAUAAUACUCAGCUAUUGCUCUAUUUUUUUUUGCUCACCCUCAUUAAUCUCAAGGGAUAGGACUUUUAAAUGAAGUGUGUUGUCUGAUAAAGCAAUUUAAUUUUAAGUUUAAAAUUUUCCAGGUGGUUGGUUUUGUUUUUUUAAAAUCACCAUUGCAGAGCUUCCUGUUUAGUUAAUCUUAUUUUUCCUAAGCACAGCCAAGCCUUUACAGCUGUCAGUUGUGAGACUAUGCUAUCAGCCGUGAUGGAUGGCCAAUAUCACCAGGGUUCUCUGUCUCAGCAUAAAUGGCUUAGUGAAAUUACUGAGAGUUGGUCUUCCAUACUACAAAUUUUUUGUCCUUCAUACUUAGAAGCCUUUUUAAAAUUUCUAGAUACUAUUUUAUUGUGAUAGCACACCUUUACUGGGCUUAAUUUUGAUGGUAGUCUGAUUUUGUUUUGUUUGACUUGUAGGGUUUCACUUUUUUACAUGGGUUGCCACAAGGAUCUGUGCAAAGGCGAUUUCAAAAAUUGACCUCAUGCCAUGAUUUGAUGAAGAAUUCAUUAGCUGGUUUUUAUUUUUUUUUUAUUUUAAUCCUUUGUUUUUCUGCUUUUUAAAAAAAUCCUUCAUUCUGGUUUUUACAUACUAUGUUUUGUAUGGUAUUGUGAAUACUGACAAUACCAUACAAAACAUAGUAUAUAAAAACCAGAAUGAAGGUUUAAAAAAAAAGCAGAAAAACAAAGGAUUAAAAUAAAAAGUUGGAAGGGACCCUGAGAAACAUCUAGUCUAACCUUCUGAAAUGCAGGAAUAUGCAGAUGUCCCAUACAGGGAUCAAACUUGCAACCUUGAUGUUAUCAGUACCCAAUCUAACCAACUGAGUUAUCCAAGUACAUCAUUUGUAUUUGAAAACGUGCUAUGUUGCACAAUAUAUCUUUGAGCUUGUUUCAAAUUUUGCAAAAGCCAUAUGCAAUGAAUGAAUGAAUCUUUAUUUGCGUCGGUCAUAGCAAUAAAACAACAAUACGAUAUUCAAAGAAUAGAAAUAAAAAGUCAAUUAUAUAAAAUAGAUUUUAGAGUUUUGAAUCAAUAGUCAAAGAGUGGAUCUUAUUCUGAUUGCCCCAGCUAAAAACCUUGCAACCUUUGCUGUCACCUGCUCAUCUUGAUCUGCCAAGAGAAAGGACACUGUGGCAGUGGUUGGGUGACCUGGAAUGCACAGUAAAAGAGGGGUGAUAACUUCAGGUCUUUAUAAAGAGUGCAAGCCAGCAGGGUAUGCACCACCGAUUCGGUACUGCCAUCUCCACAGGGACAUAAGUGUUUUUCGUAUGGAAUCUGUUGGAAUCGUCCCUCAAGUACAGCCGAGGGCAAUACAUUCAAUCUUGUGAGAGUAAAAGCAUGUCUGUAUUUUAGAAUUGGUAGGUUACGCAGAUAGGGUUCCAGAUUCAAAAUGGGAAGGUAGAAAAUAGUCAUAUCAUGGGCAAAAUUUCCUUAUUGUGGCCAAGUUGUUCUGAUGCUCAAUAUCAUUCAGGCGCUGACCGUAUGCAAUGAAAGUUUGUCCCAGCCUGAACCCCCCCCCCCCCGGUGUUCUAAGGUUGCUGCUGGCAUUACUGGGUGAAGACCCCUUUAUGCCAGGAUUUGCUAACAUUUUUCGUGCUGCAUUGACACAUGGUCAGCCCUUCAAGGGCUGCGUGUAAAGAUGAGCAUGGCCAAUUUUGAAUUUUUUAAAAUUUAUUUUUAUUAGGGAUAAUUUUGAGGGAGCCCUGGGCAGUCAGAAAAAUCACAGCAAGGGACACAUGAAAAUGUUCAGUAAUAACUAAAUGAAAAUAUUAAAGUGGAAAAAUUUUGGGAAGCCACGAAACAAAUGUUCUAUUUUGUGUUACCCACCCCACCCCCACCCCAGCCAGAGGCCAUUCUGAUUGUAAGUGCAGAGUGCAAAUUUAUCAAAUAAAUACUUUUUUAAAAAGUUUACAUGGACAGAGAUUUGGGUAGUUGAACUCCGUAUAUAUAUAUAUUUUUGAGUGAGUUAAUUGCAAUUUUUCAUAUAAAUCGGCUGCUUGAAAUCUCGCCAAAAUGAUUUGCAAGCCAGCUCCCAAGUAGAUUCUUCUUCUGCAGGUGCUAGAAAGAAUCGGACUUUCCUCACACGGGGGGUAAUGUUUUGAGACGCAAGUAACCAUGCCGUGCUCUGAACUGAGACUGUACAAACAUCCCUGCAAUUUUCACAGUUCAUCUAGUGCACUUCAACUCUCACUAGCAACAACCUUGUUAUUUUAGUUUUGCCUCCCCUCCCUCCAAAUUGCACUUUGUAGAAUAUAAUCCUCACUGUAUGCUAUGAACUGUGGAAUGUUGUCACGGCACAAACCUUGCAGGUGGCCUGUUUGCACUGAUAAAACUGGUAUCAGUGGCUUUGGAGAUGGUAGCAAACUUACUGAAAUGCUUUACGAUGUAAUCCCCCCUCCCACUGUAUAUCCCCACUUCUUCUGGCUUGGGUAUGCAUUGGGUUAGAUUUUUUUUCAGUAGCUGCCUGCUAGUAAGCUAUGUACUGUGUUACUUCUGUUUUGCCACUUAAGGCAAAGAACAUGAAAGGAACAAAUGCAGUUUGCCCAGAUGAUGUACUCUGGCACUUGUGUUUCCUGAGGAGAGGCAAAGAUAGAUUUGACUGUCUGGACUGGAGUUAAAGGGAAACAUAAAAAUAAAUAAAUAUGCCACCCAGUCUUCUUCUAUACUCCUAGUGUGCACUGAAUGUUAAAACGUUUCCCUAAGUUCUUUUUUAAAAACCAAGGCCCAAAUAUUCAACAUUUGUGCAGAGAUUCAGGGCAACUGUUCAUAAAGUUCAUGCGAUGCAGCCCCUUUGGAUUAUGGCAAUCCAUUUAGGUCAGGGGUCAGCAAACUUUUCCAGCAGGGGGCCGGUCCACUGUUGCUCAGACCUUGUGGGGGGCCGGACUGUAUUUUUUGGGGGUAAAAAAUGAACGAAUUCCUACGCCCCACAAAUAACCCAGAGAUGCAUUUUAAAUGGCACAUUCUGCUCAUGUAAAAACACACUGAUUCCCGGACUGUUCGCGGGCCGGAUUUAGAAGGCAAUUGGGCCGGAUCUGGCCCCCGGGCCUUAGUUUGCCUACCCAUGAUUUAGGUGGAGGUGGUUUGAAGAAGAAGAAGAGUUUGGAUUUGAUAUCCCGCUUUAUCACUACCUGAAGGUGUCUCAAAGCAGCUAACAUUUUCCUUUCCCUUCUUCCCCCACAACAAACACUCUGUGAGGUGAGUGGGGCUGAGAGACUUCAAAGAAGUGUGACUGGCCCAAGGUCACCCAGCAGCUGCAUGUGGAGGAGCGGAGACACGAACCCGGUUCACCAGAUUACGAGACUACCGCUCUUAACCACUACACCACACUGUGCAAAUGCUACUACAGUCGUACCUCGGAAGCCGAACACCUUGUGACUUGCACGUUUUGGCUCCUGAACGCCGCAAACCUGGAAGUGAGUGUUCCGGUUUGCGAACGUUCUUUGGAACCUGAAUGUUCGACGCGGCUUCCGAUUGGCUGCAGGAGCUUCCUGCAGCCAAUUGGAAGCUGUGCCUUGGUUUCCGAACGUUUUGGAAGUCGAGUGGACUUCCGGAACGGAUUCCGUUCGACUUCUGAGGUACGACUGUAAAGUGGUACCUCAGGUUACAGAUGCUUCAGGUUACAGACUCCGCUAACCCAGAAAUAGUACCUCAGGUUAAGAACUUUGCUUCAGGAUGAGAACAGAAAUCGUGCUCUGGUGGCGCGGCAGCAGCAGGAGGCUGAAGUGGUGCUUCAGGUUAAGAACGGACCUCCGGAACGAAUUAAGUACUUAACCCGAGGUACCAUUGUACUCCAUAUCAGAAGUCUGAUCUGUAGAAAGCUAAUGGAUCAUAUUGAACUGCCUCUCCCCCACCGCCUUCUGAAUCUGCAGCAGGGCCGUCUUACCCAUAGGCGCUAGGGGUGUGGGGCACCGGGCUCUCAGGGACGCCAGGCCGAGAGUCCAGGGUCCGAGAGUUGAGUCCUGGGAAGAGCCCAUCCUUCGGUUCGAGUGCCACGACAGGCUCUUCUGCUGCAGGUGGCUCUGCGCCGCAAGUUUGGGGCUGACCGAGCCAGCAAGACGCUGAGGCAGCCAGCUGGCUCCGGCCUCCUGCGCGCCUGGGACUGGGCAACCUGGGGGAGGGGGGCGCCGGGCGGAUCUUUACACCCCGGCGCCGCAUAUGCUUAAGACAGCCCUGAUCUGCAGUUACAGGUAGUGAAGCUGGGGAAUGUUUCUGCUUUGGUGAGUGGCUGACAGUUAGUGGACAGUAUUGAAGCUAAAGUGGCUUGUUUGAAGGCAGCCCUUUAUAGAUCCCAGGAAUCAGGACAUGGUAGCUCUUGGAACCAGUGUAUUCCCCCCAAUGGGCUUGUCAUAACAAAGGAGGCCAUUAUGAAUGAAUGUAGCAUUAGUCAGUUUUGCUAUAACAGCAGCAGUAGCAGCAGUCUCUAGGAGCGCCAAUACCACCCAGUGUGGGGUGUGAAGUUCAUGAUGUAUUGAAAACAGGCUACACUUUUUCAGCUUCUGAGGCUUACUGUAAACAACUGGGAUUAGGGAAAGUGAUCCUAGAAGCUGCAAGCUGAAACUCUUGGCAAUGUUCUUGCUUGGAAACAUUGGCGUCUCUCAGCAUUUAAAAGACUUCCAUUCUGCCUUUCCUAGAUAUGCUGAGACCCAGUACACGCUCCUCCCAUCGUGCAAACAAGUGAACAAGCCUAGGAGCCUUGGUUAACCAGAGCUUCCAGUUAACAUCAAAAUCAGGAGCUAUGAUUAAUGACUUCUAAAUUAGCCAGGAUCUGGAAGCCAGCGCUAAACCAUGGCUUCUUUCUGGUUUCUUCAGAAGCUGUUAACCAUUUGUGAUGAUACCCUUGUUUAGAAGCUGCAUUUUAGGGCAAAGCCUUCACAAAGCAUCUUACCUAAUCAUGAAAUGAAAUACAUUUUGAAACAACGAAGAAUCCACAUGAUAAAAUGUUUUUAAACGUGUGGAUCAGUUAGUUAAACAAAAAUGAAUAGUAUUUUAGAACCAGAUCAAUCACAAAGCCUGUGUCAUAAAGAAACCUCAUUUUAAAAAAACAGUACGAUAGAUAGAAGAGAGAGAAAGAAGGAGGAAAAAGAAAGAGAAAUUAGAUAUGUUGGCCCUCCACAGAGCUUGAAAUGAAUUGGAUUUCCAUAACCUGGAGACGUCUCCAAAUAGACACAACCAGUUAAGAUGCCAUCACUAUGCCAUGAAUUGGAUUUUCUUUACAUUGAACCAUGUUUGUUGGUUCACCUGGUUCAGAAGAAAUCAUUUUGAGGUGUGUACAGUCUGCUUAAAUAUUCACUAUCUUUAAUAAUAUGUGCCGUACACAGACUUUGUCUUCUUCACUUCUCACUCCUGUCUCUAUACCAUUUAUGAAGACAGAAAUCCAAUAGAGAUCAUUCAAGUCCAUGUCUACUUGAUCCCUAUUUGCAUGUUUUUGACAAAGAUGGGCCGGGCUACCCACUAGCCAGCAUGGUAUUAGGUGACCAAACUUCGAAGGAAGGAAUAAGGAAUGCACUUAGAGUGCAUUUCUGAAUUCUGUCCUUCCUUUUGCAGGUCUGGUUUGAAACCAUGUCCGCAAGGAGGACAAUUUUUGAAUGCAAGUCGGUCUGCAAAGGAAGAUUCCUGCGGAAAGUGGGUCCUGUUUUCUGCAGGGACCAGUGACACGUGGGAGCUCAAAAUUGAGAACUCUGAAAAGCAGCCAAUCCCAGCAAGGCUUAUGUUUGACGCCUGUCAGUUGAGAAGUACGAACUGCAAGCCCGACUUCCAGAAGGGAUUGGUGCCACUUGAGAGCUUCUGAGUGGACCCCAACACAGUGAGGCUUGCUAUUAAAAGGCACUGAAUACAACCCCUGCUUGCCAAGGAACUAUUGAGAGUGCACUUUGAGGCUCCUGAUUGUUCCUUCGCAGCCAAGUCUUUACCGCAUUACAUCAGGUGUGGAUGCAGAAAACAGCCUUACAGGCCAAAUUAGGAUCCCCUGCCGAGCCAAAUUUGGCCUGUGCACUGGAGGUUCCCUGUCCCUGCUCUAAAAUGAAUGCGGUUGCAGAAAGAGAAUGACCAAUAUAUUGGUAAACCCAAGGAUUCACAAACACAGCAGUUGCCAAAUAGCCCCCUAAUCUUCUUUCUUGAUACCUAAGCAAAUAAGACCAUCAUUAUAGAUCAUUAUCUAGGACUGUUAGUUAAUGAUUCUAGCACAGCCAAGUUAAUAGCUGCCUUGCCUGUGCUGGAAUCAUUAAGUAACAGCCCCUGGAAAAUGAUCCGUAAUGAUGGUCUUAUUUUGAAGAUAACUUUCCUGCCCCCCUUUUUUAUAUAACAAGAAUACAAAGCUGAAAAUGAAUGAACUGCAACUAAAAUAUUACGUUCAUUUUUCACAUGGUGUAGUCCUUCCCCUGCCCCCCUCAAUAUCCUUAAGAGGGUCUCUUCUCCAGUCUUCAGAGAAUAGCUGGAAGUGGGGAGGCAGAAAAAGGUCCUCCUUUCCUUCCACUCUGCCGUUUUAAUCUAAAAUCUUAAGCGCAGUACUGUGCCCAGAGCUCAGAAACUGCUCACACUAAUGAAAUUCCCUCUCGCAAAAUGCGCCUAGAACAAUGGGUGUUUCGAACACUGCUUUACGUGCUUGACAGAAAGAUUACUUUCAUUUUAAACUGGGGCGAGCAUUCGGGAAAAUGACUUUGACAGUCCCACCCACAAUUGAACCCAUUCCCCCACUUUUUCUGUGUGACUGUGCAUGAUUUUACGCACUAUUUCCAAAAUGUAACCCCUGUGUAAGUUGAGAGCUGCCUGCAAACUGCAUUCACUUAAGACAUACCAGCAACAAAAACCAAUCACAGCUGAAAGACUAAAUCCCUUUCCUUGGUUCUUACUCUUCUAGUACCGUCCCACAAACAAAAUUUUAAAAACUGCUAAUAUUGACCCAAGUUUUCUGUCUUUUGAACUCCUACCAGGGCUAGCCUUUGGGCUGCUCUGUAUGUUAUCUGUUGCCCGAACAGGAAACCGCAGUCAUAUUUUGACGCAAAUAUGUUUAGUAUCCCAGAUAGGUGGGUUGGGCAGCUGAUGUGAGCAAUGGGAAAUAAUGGAAAUCAGUGUCUGUAGGAAAGGAUAAUGCAGGAAGCGGGCCUCAUUGUUCCUCUGGUGAACCUUUCACACCCGUGGAUGGUGGGAAUCUUUCCUACCUGGCUGUUGUUUUUUGAUAGUCUCCAAGAUGAAUGGAACCAUGGCCUAGCUGCAGUCAGCUUGAAUAGAGGGCUCAGGAAUGUCUGUUUCUGCUUUGUGGUUGCUACGUCCGUGUUCGUCUCAUUGCCCUGUCAUUAGCAUUUUGUAGAUGCCACCAUUAGCAGAUCAAGCAGGAUUUCAUGUGCGUUAGGCUGGGACGGUGGAAAAGGGUUGGUUGGUUGUUGUUGUAAUGCUGUGAUGUUGUAACGAAAGAGGCGCUGAGACAGUUUGAGACGGUUGUUAAGUGGAGGUCCUCAGGUUUGCUCAGAGGCAAGUAUGCAGGUGUCAAGGCAAGUUGCCAGAUCAGGGGGAUUUCUAUGAGAUUGGAGGAGUAUCAGUGCAGUAUAUUAACAUGCCAAAAACCUAGUAAAGGGGAAAAGCAGGCGCGCGCGCGCACACACACACACACACACACACUGUAUUUCACAGUGCUGCCUCUUUCGUUUUCUUAAGCAGGUAAAGAGAAUCCAUUCUGUACUUUGCAACUUCAAAAGGGGGAAUUAAAGCAUCAAGACAAAGGUGGAAAACCUGCUAUGGCUAUGUAAUAGUGUUUGUGGGUGAUAUAUGAUAUAGAAACCACAGUGCUAAGCGAUAUAUAUUGUAUUUUUCCACCUAUAGAACACCCUCAUGUAUAAGACGCCCCCUAUUUUGGGGGACUUCGAUUUAAGAAAAUGGGGGGGAGACACUAUCAGUGUAGACAUUAUUUUAGAGUAAAAAAACAUAGUCUUAUAGAUGGAAAAGUACGGUAAAUUGCUGAAAUUAUCAGUAUACACAAAAGAGGAAGAAUGUCUUAUUUCAAACGAAUCCCUCACAAAUAUUGGCGCGAAACCUCCCCAGACAACCUGUUUUUUGGGUGGCUAUUGAUUUUCAUUAUUGAACUUAAUGGUAAGCCUGCUGAAACGGUGGUUCAUUAAUUCAGUCUCUGUAGAAAAGUCAUAAAUAUCAAGUAUUCGUCGCACCUAUAACUGAAAUCUUAAAUUAAGGAGAGUUAAGAUACAUAAACACUGAUUGAGAGUACCGCUUGUGUGAUAAUUCAUUGAGGCUUUUUUUUAUUUUUAAAAAGGGACAGUGGCGGAGGAACCCUUUCUGGCACCCGGGGCGGGACGUUGAGGGACGGGGCGAAUCACUCGGUGGCACACACACAACAUCCGUACGGAUUGCGCACGUGUGGCAUCCUGGAUGAACUGUGCAUGUGCGGCAUCCCAUAUGUGCGCACACGCAGCAGUGGCAGCCUGUAUGGAUGCCGCACGAGUGGCGCCCAUACUGACUGCACGCACCCUCGGCCUCUCUACAGCUGGGGGGAGGCAGGGGCCAUCUUGUCACCCCCCCAGAGUGGUACCCGGGGUGGCCCGCCCCCCACUUCGUCUGCCCCUGGACAGCACCCUGUGCAACUCUGUGCAUACACUGGGAAAUUGUGUGCUGGUUAGAAAUGACUGAAGCCUGAAGAGGGUAAUGCAAACUCUUCAGGCCAGAGAGGUAUCACAAGCUUCUCUGGUGUUUGGAUUUUUGAGAGGGCAGGGAUGCCAUAGGCUGUUUUAGAGGGCACUUUGUGUCCCUGGUCAGAGAUGUCCUCUGAGUCUAUGGCUUCUUCCCCUCAGGAUGGGGAGUCUGAUCCCUGGGUCAUAACACUUUAGGCUGCAAAAUGUCUUGGGCCUGUACUGACUGAACCAUGAUAUUCUGAAGGUCUGUAAACACUUGACCACAUCAUUUCUUUUUUUUUGUUUUUUGUUUCUUCACUGGGGGUAGGUUGCUGCAAUUUAGAAACAAGAUAUUAAACACAAUACACAGUUUAAAAGACAUUAAAGUCACAAGGGGUACGGUGGGCCCUGAAACAUAGCGAAUAUCUUCUUAAAAAAAGGAAAUCCAAGACUUGAUUUUAUUCCCACCCUACCCCAAAUCUCCUUAUUGCAGGCCAUGCUGGGAAUAUACUUCCUUCUUUCCCCCCCUUAUUCCCAUUGUUACAGUUGAAUUUGACUUGGAUUUUUUAAAAGGGGUUUGUUGUUCUCUGUGCUCCCUAGCAACUUGUAAUUCCCAGCUACUUGGGCAAAUGAAGGUAUGUGUUUGUAGAGUGGCACCUUCUUUUUUUUUAUUUUUGCCAACCCAGACAUGUUGCAAUGACUGGAAGCUACAGGCUAAAUAUCAAGAGAAGCAUUUUUUAACGAUGAGAGUUAAUUGACGAAUGUUGCAAUCGACGCCUGAGGAGGUGGUGUGGUGGUUUGUCCAUCAUUUUGAAGUUGCUGAAAACAAACAGCCCUCUUUUAAGGCUUAGAACUGGAGAACCAUGGUUUCCUGAUUUUGUUCAAAAUGAAACCGAAUGUGUGGUAGUGCGAUUGUUGUUGUUGUUGUUGUUGUUGUUAUUAUUAUUAUUAUUAUUAUUAUUAUUAUUUACUGUAUUAUUAUUAUUUAUUGAAUUUAUAUACCGCCCUAUACCUGGCGGUCUCAGUGCAGUUCAGGGAUGCAUAUACAGUGGUACCUUGGGUUACAUACGCUUCAGGUUACAUACGCUUCAGGUUACAGACUCCGCUAACCCAGAAAUAGUGCUUCAGGUUAAGAACUUCGCUUCAGCAUGAGAACAGAAAUCGUGCUCCGACGGCAUGGCAGCAGCAGGAGGCCCCAUUAGCUAAAGUGGUGCUUCAGGUUAAGAACAGUUUCAGGUUAUGUACAGACCUCCGGAACGAAUUAAGUACUUAACCCGAGGUACCACUGUAAUGUGAUUUGUAUCUAUUGUGCCAGCACACCAGUCUUUUACUUCUGGCUGUCGAAAAGGUGGGGUGAGAGGAAAGACACAAAACGGCCUUGCAGAUUUUCUCUACACACGUUCCUGUAUUUGACUUUGGGAGGAGAUCCUUCCACCUGACACCUGAAAUCAAACAAUCAUAAUAGCAACAGAAAUGCCGUUGAAUUCCUUCCAAGCAACACACCUGUGAACCCUUUCAUUCCCAUUCUUGAUGCUGGACAUCAUGCAGUUCCACAAGACUCCUACUGUAUGCAAUAUAGUGCAUAUUUAUCCAUUUAGAAGAUGUGUGUUCUGCUUUCUGCCUAAAGCCCUCAAAGCAGCUGACAACGCCUGUGUAAAACACAACAGAUGCACCAGGGCCACAAACACCAAAACACCAGCACCACCAGCACCACCAAAAUAACCAGGAACACUUACUUCUCACAUGCGGGGGGGGGGGGGGUCAAGGAAGCGACAGUCUGACUGGAGAAUGUCCUAAUGUUGUGUUAGCCUGCCUCCCUUCCUCUUUCCUUUCCUUCCCAGAGGGCAGAUUGUCUCUGUGGCGAUUGUGGAGAGGACAGUCCAAGUCUUCAAAUAUCUUGCCUUCUGUAUGGAUUUGUCUCAUAGUACAGAGUGCAGUUUUGCCAUUUGUAGUCAACCUGCUUUCUGCUCUUGCCGCAUCCGGCUGCAUGGCUUUUGCCCCUGAGUCUGCAUGCCUCCCCAGGAGUGUCCCUAUUGUGGGCUACAAAAUGGUCAAAAGAUAUGGAUUCGCAUCUGUGCUCCUGACCUGAGGCUUUGUUCUCUAGCUACUUCCUCCCCUGAAGAACUGGAACUUGAUGCUGCAAUAGAUCUGCAUAUUACACCUUCGGCAGGGGGCCCAACUUGAAUAAAAUAUUGGAGUGGGGGGGGUAAGCUCUUCUGCGUGCAAUUGAUCACAUGGCAUGGCACAGAUAACCCAUUUGAAUGGGAAUUCCCCUCAACUUGAGGGAGGUCCCCCUCAAAUAUUUUAUGGGGGGGAAGGGACCUCAGCCCCUAGGAGCCCUAAAUGGCCUUGGCCCAGUAUACUGGAAGGAGCUUGUCCACCUCAGCUGAGGUCCAGCUCCGAGGGUCUUCUGGCGGUUCCCUCGCUGUGAGAAGUCAAGUUACAGGGAACCAGGCAGAGGGCCUUCUCGGUAGUGGCACCCACCCUGUGGAAUGCCCUUCCAUCAGAUGUUAAGGAGGUUAGUAACUAUACAACCUUUAGAAGACAUCUGAAGGCAGCCCUGUAUCAGGAAAUUUUAAUUUUUGAUGUCUUACUAUGUUUUAAUAUGUGCUGUAAACUGCCGAGAGUGGCUGGGGAAACCCAGACAGAUGGGCGAGGUAUAUGUUGUUAUGGAUUUGGCUUCUAUGCCUGUCUGGCUUGGCUAGUGUAACCUAUUGGUUUUUCCUGUGUUGAUACUUGAAUGUAGUUUGGGCUAACAUAGUAGCCUUUCAACAGGGUUCAGGUUGAAGGGAUUUAAAGAAGAGUUUGGCAGGUCAGUGUAUAAACCAUUGCUUGCUGCGCGAUCCAUGUGCCUGCUUAAUAGAGACUCACUCCUUCAGACCCAGCCACCCAGUUUCUGUGCUAACCAAGUCUCCGUUUUGCCCUUAGGAUAAAUUCAUUCAUUCCUGCAAUUUUCAUUCCAUGUUGCUUCAUUUUUGACUCGUGUGGAUUUCAAAAUACCAGGAGCAGAAAGAAUCAGGAAAAGCCAGGGUAUGGGUCUCUGAGCUAUUUAAAACUGCAGAGUCUUUCACAGCACCUCUUUUGACUGGAAGACAUGAUCACAAAGGUGUCCACUUUGGUUUCGCAACUUUCCCCCACCCCAAAAUCACCUGCACAUUUUCAUUUCCUCUCUCCAUAUAAUGCAAUGCUAGAGAGUUAAAAAAUAAAUUAAGGCAAGAUGGACAUGUCAGGAUGCCAUAUUAUUCUGCUGUGUUGAAUGCAGCAGUGAGAAUAUGCAGAUGUGUGCUUGAACUGCUGACUGCAUCAGUUAGAACCCGAAGUGUAUAAUCUGAAUCCCAACAAAGAAACUUUGUAUUUUGAACUCUCUCCUCUUCAGCAUUCAGGUGCCUGUGUCAAAUUAGACCUGGCACUUAAAUCAAGCACUACAAACAAGCCCUGUGCUGCAAGAUGUUUCUGAAACCUGAAGAAAAGUUGUUCUUAUUUCCCCCCCUCUCUGUUCUUUAUUUCACAGGCAGGAAGAAAAAUCCAGGGCUGAAAAUUCCUAAAGAAGCAUUUGAACAACCACAGACGAGCUCUACGUAUGUCUUGAAAUCUCAGCAUGAUUGCUUUGGGUUGGGUUGGGGGUGGGGGUUGAAGCAGGGGUUCAUAAAUGUCAACUUGGCGUACUAGUCAGCUAUUAUUUCUGGUCAUCACCAAUCCCCUCCCUGAGCCUCCAGGAAUGCAGACUCGACAUGGAAGUGAGGCAGGGUCCUCUCCCAUUUGUGCAGAGUACACAGAGCAAGAAACAGCGGGAGUCUUUCUGCCGCUUGGAACGUUAUUCUGUUUCUUAACCUGCUUGAAAACUGCAGUGGAAGUGAGACCUCCAGAGUAGGGAUGUGCGUGAUCCAGGAGGUUCUGCUUGCUAGAAGGCUAGGCAAGUGGAUUUGUGGACGCCUGGCUUGAAGCGAUUGUACACAAAAUGGGAUUCUUCAUAGAUAUGGUGUUCAGGGUGGCGCGGGAGUGACGAAACAAUGGAAAAGCCCGCAGUUGUGCAAGUUAGUGAAAAGAGACUCUGGGUCUGCAUUCUGAUAUUCCAAAGCAAAUGUGGUGAAGAAUAGAGAAAGGGAAACCACACUUUAAAUUAUUUUUCUAUUACUUGCUAUUUAGAAAGAGAGUUAAUGGCCCAGUAUUAAGUUGUUUUGCAAACGUGUGUGGUGAGCUUUACAUACCUGCGUAAGUUAACAUGAUAAUAUAGUGCAGUGCUUAUUUCAGAUGGAUUUUGGAAAGAAGGUUGGUGAUGUGAAUACUCCCUAACAAAGACCACAAUGCAGAGAAACAACUCUUGCAUGCCUAAUGGCCUAUUGACGUAAAACAUUUUCUGUUGGCAAGCUCAGGGGUGUGUUAGAAGCAGUCCAACAUAGUACUUUGGGGACUGUGUUUCAAUGAGAAGGUGAAAACCAUAGGGUUGUAUCCUGUGCCACACGCAAGCAGAGUUCUGUCCACACCAUAGAACAUCCCCUUCUUUUUCUCUCCACAUGUCUGAAAAUCUGCUCUGGAAAGCCUGACUAUAUUAUACGAAGCAGGUGCCAGGCCAAUGCCAUUUUACAUGGUCUUAAAACACUGGCAAGUCCAUAUAGGUUCUUCACAGACAGGUUUGUGAGGCUGGUGGGAGAGCUUUGCUUUCUUUUCCCCUUACAUAUAAAAAGAAGGGAGACCAGGUUUCAUCAAAGGUAUUUUCCUUUAUAACCCCGUUUGCAACCCUUCUAAGCCAAGGUAGUCGCCCUGAACUGGCUAUAUCCCAAAUAUUAUUGAACCACAUCUCUAGAGGAAAUAAUAAAAAAUAAAUAAAAAAUUGGUCAGUAGCACCUUAGAGACCAACUAAGUUAGUUCUGGGUAUAAGCUUUCUUGUGCAUGCACACUUCUUCAGAUAGAGGUAGUUCCACCUGGGAUUUCCAGUGACACUCUAUCACUAGAUGUGCAGCUACCAGUAGAAAAAGAAUUACCGUAUUUUUCGCUCUAUAAGACGCAGCAGACCACAAGACGCACCUAGUUUUUGGAAGAGGAAAACAAGAAAAAAAAUAUUCUGAAUCUCAGAAGCCAGAACAGCAAGAGGGAUCGCUGCACAGUGAAAGCAGCAAUCCCUCUUGCUGUUCUGGCUUCUGGGAUAGCUGCGCAGCCUGCAUUCGCUCCAUAAGAUGCACACACAUUUCCCCUUACUUUUUAGGAGGGAAAAAGUGAGUCUUAUGGAGCAAAAAAUACGGUAAAUCUUUAUGCCGGAUCGUAGGGUCAGGAUCUCUGGGUUUGGUGAAAGAGAUUCUCAGAUUUUUUUUAAUAUACCAUACCUCACAAGCUCUUGGCUGCAAGAUUGAGAUUAUUGAGUUGUCAAAUGACCCAUCACCUUGUGUAAACGGAGUAAACUCUGGGAACAGUGGACAGCUGGCUGCUGUGCCAACUGAGAAAAUAAUCAGGAAGAAAGAUAGAGAGAGAGAGAGAGAGAGAGAGAGAGAAAGCAGAAGGAAGGAAGGAAGAAUAGAAAGAAGAAAGAAAGAAAGAAAGAAAGAAAGAAAAAGAAAAGUUUUUCUAGAUCCACCUGGCCCCUCAGUCAUAAUUUCUCAGUCUGUCCUUCACCCGGAAAGUGUGCUCACCUUUAUCCUAACCAGAUUUCCUUGGAAGUCGGUUCCAUUGCUUCCAGAUAAAAUACAUAAACCUGCUUAGUCUUGGCAGCCUCAUGAUGCGUAUCUUGGAUCCUUGAAAUUUGGUGAAUUGCUUGUUACCCCCUGACAGUUCUUUAGGUAGCACAACAGACUCUCAACUUUUCUCAUUGUACCAAGGUAAGAUAUGGGUUAUGUCAAGGCGGCUUUCCUCUCUAAUCUGCCCUGUCUGGCAAUGGGCAAUGCCCUGUUAUUUUCUCUUUCACGUACUGUGUUUGCUGCAUGCCUCUCUCUCAAAAAGGGGGUCUGUUUUAGCUUAUGGUGCCUCUUUGAACACAGUCUUCAAGGGUUAGCAUUUUCUGCCCCCCUCCUCUCUUCCCACAAUCUCCCCACAACUCGAAACAGUGAAAUGAAGCGUGAUCUCCACCAGGAACCUGAGACUGCCCUUGCAGUCAAUGAAAGGACUUAUUAAGACAGAAGAUUCUCUUAGGAGGGCUUUUAAUUACCUUAUGGAGGGCAAUUUUCCAUCUCCCACCCCUGAUCUUCCUUUGAUCUUUCAAGGGGCCAUGCCUAUGCAAUCCACAGGUACAUACAUGGGUCUGUAGCAUUAGAAAGUCAAAUGCCAGGACACCUCAAAGGGUGAUGUUAAAAUAUGCCCAUAAGAGAGGACUGCCUAGGAUAGAGAAAGUGAUGUGGAGAGAUUUUCAGAGAGAUUUCAUGCAGAGCCAGAAAUGGAGAUUCUGUAGACUUGCUGGAAUGAAAUGAGAGCUCAAUUUUUAGGAUUGGAAAAGGAUUACAGCUGGCACUGUCAACAGAUGAAAUCAUCUUCCUGUCCUUCAGUUGAAGUAGUGGGAUUAUAGUACCAAAGGUACUUUUUUUUUUAGGCUCGGGCUUAGCAAUAUCAAAAAGUGUGGCUGCUCCUAUAAACAGCCAUCAAAUGUCUACUUACUCUGUCCUCCCCUUUUAAUAUCUAGUUGAACUCGCCUUGUGUGGUGAUGCCACAAAGUUCUACAUCCCCCACCCAUUGCUCCACAGGCUAGAGAACAAGCUUCCACAUGUUGACCAUAAUGCCUAGCUUUACCGUUAAACCACAGAGCCUAGGGCUUGCCAAUCAGAAGGUCGGCGGUUCGAAUCCCCGCGACGUGGCGAGCUCCCGUUGCUCGGUCCCUGCUCCUGCCAACCUAGCAGUUCGAAAGCACGUCAAAGUGCAAGUAGAUAAAUAGGUACCGCUCCGGCGGGAAGGUAAACGGCGUUUCCGUGCGCUGCUCUGAUUCGCCAGAUGCGGCUUAGUCAUGCUGGCCACAUGACCCGGAAGCUGUACACCAGCUCCCUUGGCCAAUAAAGCGAGAUGAGCGCCGCAACCCCAGAGUCGGCCACGACCGGACCUAAUGGUCAGGGGUCCCUUUACCUUUAUAGAAGGAAGUAUAGCUUAAUUUAGCAGUUUACAUCCGCAAGCUGCUGUUCGUUAUUAGAAGGAAGGACUGCUUUCCUAUUAUGUGAUUAAAGGCUUCGGUAAUUAAGCGGUAACAAAAGAUUUGCAAUCUAUAUCAAAGCAAGAGCGUUUGAGGCAUACAUUUUUCAAAAAGAAAAGAAAACUUUUAAUGAAGAUUGUCACAAUGGUCACAUUCAAUGACCCACUUAUUUUUGGCUGUAGAUAGUCUGAGGGAGCGUUAUAGGGCACACUUUUUUAUAUAUAAAAAAGAGGUGCCGUGCAAGCUGGCAUAUAUGUUAAACCCAUGGGGUACACUGGUUGUGGUUUUACUUGGGCAAUUUAGCUGAGCGCCUUCUUACGUAUUGGAUUAGGAGUCAUUUGCAAAACAGGAGCAUGACUGACCCUUUAUGUUCCAUCAGAAAGAAGGGAUUUAUGGCAAAGCUCAGCAUUGCUCACUUUGGUCUUAGCUAUUUCUGGUGCAGAUUAAUACAAGAUAAAUACAGUCUUUUUUUACAGGCUGCCUAUAAAUAGAAGAGUAUUUCUUAUUUAUGGAAAAGAUGUUGGCUUUUGCUGGGGGUUACCUGACUUCAUUAGUUUCUUACUGCACCGUGUAAUUUUUGCAGCCCUGUUUUUUCUUAGUAGAGAAACCCCAAACCAGUGAUUUCUAAGGUGGAGCGGGCGCUAAAAAUAGAUAUUGCGGCGGGGUGAGAGAAAAAGAGUGGCAAAUUCCAAAAUGGGGGCUGGAAUUUGGAGAUGAAAUAUUUUGAGUCCGCCACAGGCCCAUUUCAGAUCAGGUUUAGGAUCAUUCAGGGUCUGGUUCAACCCAAUAUGUGUUUGUAUUGCUACUGGGGGUGUUCCUUGCCUGCCACCAUUUUGAGCUAGAAAGGGAAAUGCGUGUCAGAAAAACUCUGUAGGCAAGAAGGAGGGCCUAGUCACUUGGGAGGGAGAGACCAAGCUUUCUCUUUGGAAAGCUGUUUUAAAAAGCUGCUCAUGAGGGUCUUGACAGCUUGUGAAAAUUGUCCACGUCUCCCUUUGUAGAUAGUAGUUGCAAUUGUUUUUCCCCCCAAUUUUUUUAAAUUGAUUUUCCAAAAAUUCAAAACAAAUAAACAGACAAACAAACAUACAUACAUCCUGUUUAAAUCUUGGUAACAUUAUUAAGUGACUUCCUCAAAUCCCCUUGGUUGAAUUUCAUUAUAUAUCAUUUUAACAGUUUUCCAAAAUUGAUUUUCUCAAAAAAUUAACUUAAUCACUUAAAAUCUUUCAUUCUUUCUAAUUUAACUUUAAACAUCUUAAAUCUUAUCCUUACAUAUUUAUAUCCCAAGCCUAACUAUUAUUUGCAAGCUUUUCCAAUUAAGUUAUCUUAACAUAUUUAGCUAAAUAGUCUUUAAAUUUCACCCAGUCUUGCUGGUACUCCUCCUCCUUCUGGUCGCGGACUCUUCCAGUCAGGUUGACCAGCUCCGAAAAAUCUAUCAUCUUCAUCUGCCAAUCUUCCACUGUUGGUACUUUCUGUGUUUUCCAAUUCUUCGCUAAGAAAAUUCUUGCUGCAGUUGUGGCAUACAAAAAUAAUUUAACAUCUUUCUUGGGCUGUUAUUCCCAGAAGUGUAGCUGCAAUUGUUAUCUCAAAGGAGUGACCAUAUAUCUUACCAGGAAGUUGGGUUAAAAAUGGGAAAGACUCCUCCUUCCGAGUGACCCUUGGCUAAUUCUGAGGUUGUGUAUACAUGACAUGUAUUCACAUUUGGUUCCCGGCGCAUGGUCUAAAGAAAGUGCACAGCGCACCAGCCUCGCUGAAGCUAAGCAGGCCUUGGAUUGCCCCAUGCCUGGGAUCCCUGCCUGGGUCACCUUGAUUUCCUUGAGGGAUGAAAGGAUGGAAUAAAAAUGAAAUGUUUGUAUGUGUUUUAUAUGAGCCCUGAAAUACUUCCUUCCUAAUCUGUUUUCUGGGCCUUCUUUUUUUUCUAUUUUGCAGGCCACCUAGAGAUUUGGACUCCAAAGCCUGCAUCUCCAUUGGCGACAAGGUACGGUGAUGAUCAAAUACAACUUCUAAAGAUUUCUGUGCAUCCAGCUGGGAAGAAGUGAACUUAAGGGGUGGGUUAUAAAUAAUCUGCUAAUCCCAUUCCUUGGUACAGAAGUCAUUGAGCUUCUUGUCCCUCUUUCCUUGAUUCACCUGUUCACUUUAUUACAAAUUUCACCUACCAAAACAAGGUAAAGGUUUUGACUUUUCACCUCUUUGCUGAUGUUGUCUUUGUAUUUGGACGCUCUUGGAGUAAAGCUGUGUAUUUUCUCCCACAUUGCUUGGGGUAUCAAGGAGGCAACUCUGUUUUACUCAGGAGCAAUGGUAAGACCUAUGUGGGACCCUGCUAGGGAGUGUCUGGCUGGUAUAUGCAGGCCCUCAUUUGAUGACACUAUGCACAACCACUUGGUGGUUGACACCAAGUUGUUGCAGUGAUUUGUGCAAUCACACGACUGUACUUUUAAAAGCAGCUUCACUUACAGCAUGGGUACGCAAACUAAGGCCCAGGGGCCGGAUCCGGCCCAAUCGCCUUCUAAAUCCGGCCCUUGGACGGUCCGGGAACCAGCGUGUUUUUACAUGAUUAGACUGUGUCCUUUUAUUUAAAAUGCAUCUCUGGGUUAUUUGUGGGGCAUAGGAAUUCCUUCAUCCCCCCCCCAAUAAAAUCUGGCCCCCCACAAGGUCUGAGGGACAGUGGACCGGCCCCCUGCUGAAAAAGUUUGCUGACCCCUGACUUACACUAUUGCUCCCUUGCCUUCAAGACAGACACGAGUCGAACACUGCAUUCUCCAUACAAAUGUGUAUUGCAGCAUCCCGUGGUCCACAAAUUCAGUUGACGGCUGACUUAAGCUUUUCAUGAGAGCAUCUGUUUAUGAAUAAGAAUAUUGUGUAAGUCCAACAGUUACUGCUUGGCAUCCACCUAAGUUUGGAAAAUGAGAUGCAAAUGAUAACCAAAUUGUGUUAACGCGAAACUGUGUCAGGCAGCCAUCUGCCUUUGCUCCGGAGAGGCUUGACUUGGUGACGCUCGCUAUGCUAAUAGCUGAGACCCACUGGGGCAAUCGUAAGUGUGUUUUGGAACAGGCAAUAUUCACUUCCAUAGAACUGCGGUUCUGUUAAGUGAAGUCCAAUACUGGAUGUGCCGUUGUCAUAGGAAUCCCUCCUAUGACUGCAGUAGAUGCAAGCUAAAUGGUCAAGUCUUGCAUAUUUUUAAUAGUUUAAGAUCUAAGACACAUGUGAGAUGGCUGCAAAAUCAAACGGAAGCCAGCUGUUCGACCACCAGUACAGAGAAACCCAAACUGACUCACGAAAAGUCUGUUCCAUGUGGGAUUUAAUGGCUGGUGAACUACAGCUCUGAUUCAAACCAGCUUUCAUUUUUUAUUUUUUUUUAAAUAUGUUUCAAGUCCUCAGGCUUUGGUGGGUGGGAUAUUGAAAUGCAUUUUUGUACCAUUUAAAAUAUAUGGGCAUCAUUUGAUUAUAUUAUUUUAACUUGGGUGUACUGAAGUUACAGGGGACCAGGCAGAGGGCCUUCUCAGCAGUGGCUCCCUCCCUGUGGAACGCCCUCCCAUAAGAUGUUCACGGAGAUGAAGAACUACACAACUUUUUAGAAGACAUCUGAAGGCAGCCCUGUAUCAGGAUUUUUUUUAAUGUUUGAUAUUUUAUUAGGUUUAUCUAUGUGCUGUAGAGGGAUGCGGGUGGCACUAUGGGUUAAACCACAGAGCCUAGGACUUGCUGAUCAGAAGGUCAGCGGCUCGAAUCCCCACGACGGGAUGAGCUCCCGUUGUUUGGUCCCAGCUCCUGCCCACCUAGCAGUUCGAAAGCACGUCAAAGUGCAAGUAGAUAAAUAGGUAGUGCUCCGGCGGGAAGGUAAACGCCGUUUCCGUGCGCUGCUCUGGUUUCACCAGAAGCGGCUUAGUCAUGCUGGCCACAUGACCCGGAAGCUGUACGCCAGCUCCCUCAGCCUAUAGAGCGAGAUGAGCGCGCAACCUCAGAGUCGUCCACGACUGGACCUAAUGGUCAGGGGUACCUUUACCUUUACCUUUCUGUCCCUUAAGCUGCCCAGAGGGGCUGGGGAAAUCCAGCCAGUUGGGUGGGGUAUAAAUAAUAAAAUUAUUAUCAUUAUUAUUAGAAACAAAAACGAAGAAUUCAAAGAUCUGACUAUGGGAAUAGUUAAGAAAAAGACCUGUAUACAAAUCCCCUGCAAAAAAAAGAGCAGAUUGCCUCAUUCUCUGGUGACUCCUACUGCUCCGUCAAGGAAUAACCCAAAUUAAUAGGCCUGGUUGCGUUUCCCAAACCCCGCCCCCCUCCAGCUUUUUAUGUAACAUCUCUACAGAGGCACCUGCUUACUGAUAUUAAUAGCAACAGUUGCUCAGCGCCAAAUGCUUAUUGCUAAGCUGUGGCUAGCUUUAGCAGCUACCUCCAAACACUUGCUCUCACUGCUGUUAAGCAAGAAAGCUACAAGGCGUUGUUCUCAAGGCCGUAAUUUUCAAGUAGACCCAGUAUUCAACUUUUACGGCAGGGGGACCGCUAGUAAAACGAGCGUUGAGGUGUGCCAGCAGGUCCACUGCACCUAUUUAGAGGAAUUAUGUGAGUUUGUCAGCAGAACAUCAGGUGUUCGUGUCGCUGGUCAGUGCUGUUUGGGUAUAAAGGCAAAAGGAGGAAUUCCGUAUAUUCUGAAAUGUCCCAUGUCGGCACGCCACACGGUUGCUGCAGAUGUAGCAAUGAGAAAAGCUUAAUCCAUUGGGCUGUCACAUUUUUGUCCAGUUUGUGUGUCUUCCUAUAGGCUUCUAGUUGGUCAUUUAAGAGGAAGAAGAUGCUGCAAUGAAUGGGCCUUUGAUCUGAUCCAACAGAAUUAUAUAUAUAGUGCUUUUUUCAGGGGGUACGCAUACCCCUAAACAUUUUGUGAAUCUUUGCACUUUUGUCCAUUUACUGUAUUUACUUUUUCCAAUUUGAACUAUAAAAUUUUCUUGAGUCAAAAUGAGAGUACCCCGUAUAUAUAAUAUAUAUAAUAUAUAUAAUAAAAAUUAUAAAAAAGUUUGCAUACUUUACCCUCAACAAUACCUUUAAUUUACCCAUUGACUUCCCAUCCCCCUCUCCAUAGCAUUCUAUGUUUAUCCUUGAAUGCUGCAUAUUUUAACCGCUAACACUCCAUAUACACCUCCUGAGUUAUUAGCCUUAAUGUGUGUUUAAUAUAUUAAAUGCUUUGGAAAUUAAACAAUCAGUCAAUCAGUGUUUCUCCCAUCCUCUCUUGUUUGGAAUUCUCCACGUCCCUUUUCAGGUACUGUAUUGCUUGAAGGCCAGUUCUUACCAAAUCUGUGACAUUUUUCUUGGUUAGAAGAGGGAAAAUGCAGCAGGAUUGAUGUAAGGGCUGAUACAGAUGGGCACUAGCGCUGUCUGAGCCUUUUCUGUUCAGUCUCACACCUAAGCUGCAGAGUGCUAAUUUAUUGGCAAUGUUGUAUAUUCAUUAGCAUUUUAUAGGUCUGCCUUUCAGAGACCUAGGCACGCCCCCCCCCCCCCCCCGCUACUUUUGGUGUUUUGAGAUGGGAGGGAGUGAGAGAGCCAUCUGGAGCACAAUGACCCAGUAUCGCAUCAAAGAGAUGUCUGAUGUGGAAUGCCUUUGUUCCAAGAAAAGCAGGUUCCCUUCUGUCCCUGGAAGGGAGAGAUGUUCCAAAAGGUUCGUAGAGGAAGCAGAUUUUGAUCUAUAAGUUGUACAUGCAUUUGCUGUUGCAAAUCUCCCCUUCAUCCCAGCUCAGUCUUUUAAAGAGAGCUGGAAUUUGGUCCACCGCUUUUGUCAGCAAUUAAAGGCACAAAAGAAUAAAGCUGUUUCUCCCUCUCAGGGCUCAACAUGUGAAAACCCGUAGUAGUUUAUCUACAACUAGAAAACAAGGGAGGAGUGUGUAAAAUUCAGGCAUAGGCCCAAUGGCCAAGCCAGACAUCUGAACUGGAAGGAAUGGGGACAGGUCGUCAUCCUUGCAGAUGAGGGGAUCAAACGUCCUGUGCCAACUACUUAACUUUUUGUCGUCUAGCCCAGGAAAUAAAAAUGUGGGUAUAGAAAGCAAUGUGCACCCAAUGUGUCUAACCUUUGUCUUGUGUUGACAUGUGCAAAAGUCACAGCAGGUGUACACAUUCCCCCCUACCCCAGUGAACAUCAUUGCAAGAGAGGGAUGACGUAAAUUUGCUUGGAGGGGGGGAGAAUCACUUUGAACCUUUUGAGUAAACUGAUUUUUUAAGAAAAGUGUUUUAUAGUGAUGUAAUCUAGAAAUAGACAUUGAACUUGCUGUUUCGUGGAACAAGUGUACACGGCCAAAGCCAUGGGUAGGCAAACUCAGGCCCAGGGGCUGGAUCUGGCCCAAUUUGCCUUCUAAAUCUGGCCUGUGGACCAUCCGGGAAUCAGCAUGUGUUUACAUGGGUAAUAAUAAUAAUAAGAAGAAGAAGAAUGUGUGCUUUUAUUUAAAAUGCAUCUCUGGGUUAUUUGUGGGGUGUAGGAAUUUGUUCAUUCCCCCCCCCAUACAUAUAGUCUGGCCCCCCACAAGGUCUGAGGGACAGUGGACCGGCCCCCUGCUGAAAAAGUUUGCUGACCCCUGGUCAAAGCAAUGCUCCGGUUUAAAGAAACGAUUACCCAUGCCUGUAAGAGAGAGGUUCUGCCCCCAACUUCAGAACUCGAAUGGCAUAAUGAAAUCCAUCCAAGCACUUUUGAAGAAGUAAGGAUAUGUCGGUGUUCCAGAGCAGCCUUGCAUGGGGGAAAAAACAGCUCCUCCCAUGGUAGCCGUAGGCAGCCAGCAAUUGCAUGCAGGUCAGUGUGCAGGUUGGCGCAGGAGGGUCAGACCUCUUCUCUUCCUCCUCGGCUAGUCUGGUUAGUUUCUCUGCUGUCUGCAAAGGAACGGAAGCGUAUCCUCAGCUCUGUCUCUUCUACUCCCAUCUGUUGAGUAGAAGGUCAUGCUGCCUUAUACUGAAGCCUCAUCCAGAUUUUUGUGCCUCAUUUCUAUGCCCAGGUCCGCACUUUGAGGCUCUGUGUCCAGUUAGGGAAUAUUUUUUUUGUAGUUCCGGAGCUUUGCCUGCGAAAACCUGGGUUUUACCGCUGAAUCGGAGCAAUAGGGUUUCCUGCAGAUUGAUGCUUGCUCUGAUUCAGCUGUAAAACGUGGGUUUCCCCAGGGAGAGCACUUGGAUGAAGGAUGGAGGAAACAAAAAGCACCCAAAGAGCUUUAAAGCAUUGAUCCGUGCCUGGAAAUCGCGGUGCAAAAGGAAGUCUGAAUGAGCUCUGAGUCAGACCGCUGGUCCACCUAGCUCAGUAUUUUCUGCACUGGCUUGGUAUCAGCUCUCCAGGGUUCCAGGCAAGACUCUCUUCCCAGCUGUGCCCUGAGAUGGCGGGGAUUGAACCUCUGACCUUCUGCGUGUGGAGAAGGGAACUUCCUCCCUCUGUGGCCAGCACAGAAUUCUAGCCUAAUAGACUCUUAGUGGGCUAGUAACUAUUGUGGGCUUAUUUACAAGCCUUCUCUGUAUGCACAGAUUUGGAAAUUCAGAGCUAAGUCAUCCAUUGAGUAAAAGGCUUCUGGGAAAUGAUAUAUAAUGAGAUGAAAAAGAUGUUGUAAUAUACAUUUUUUAAAAAAAGAGAAGCAUUUUUACUUGGUAUUUUAAGUGGUGAUAUUAACAGACAGGACAAAAAAUUGUUUUUAUAUGCAACAACAGCAGCAAGAGUACUGUUGGCACAGAAAUGGAAACAAGAAGAAUUACCGACGAAAGAAGAAUGGCAGCCGAAAUUAAUGGACUAUGCAGAAUUAGAUAAGAUGACAGGAAGGAUUCGAAACCUGCAGGACCAGAGAUUCUCAGAAGACUGGAAUAAAUAUGUGAACUAUUUGAAAAGCAACUGUAAUCAGCAUAUUACGCUAGUAGGACUGCAAGAAGUUUUGUAAGGAGGAAUAUGUGAAAUAUUGUAAGGAAGGCUAUGAUGAGAGAGUCAAUAGAUAAGAUAAUUAAAAGCAGUAGUGAAAUUAAGAAAUGUAAAUUAAGUGAAAAAAUUGGAAAAUUUUCAGAUGUGAUUGAUGGAAGUCCAAAAAACUGUAAGAUGUGACCUAUGUUGAAUGACUGAUGAAAAUGAUAUAUUAAAAAACUAAUUUUUAUAUAUGUGUGUGAGCAGCCACCAGUUUGGACGCAUUAGAGAUGGAGCUGCCCAGUCCGAUGAGUGGGGUACAAAUGAAAGCAUUAUUAUUGGAUAACUACACUUUUUGGAUCCUGGUGACGUUCUCUUGGCUUUUCUCUCCACAGAACUUUGAAGUCAAAGCUGAUGACCUGGAGCCGAUAUCAGAACUGGGCCGCGGUGCAUAUGGCGUGGUAGAGAUGAUGCGGCACAUGCCCAGUGGGCAAAUUAUGGCCGUGAAGGUAGACUCUGUGGUUAUUCCUUCUUUGAACGCAUUAACUGUCCAAAUUAACUCCUUACCUUCCCAGCAGCUAUUGACCUUUUUCAACACUUGUGUGUGUAUAUAUGUGUCUGUGUGUGCACUUCUCUCUCUCACACAGAGAGAAACAUACACAAACACACAUGCACAAAUGCUUUGAUAAUUGAUUUAUUGAUUUUUAAUGGUAAAAGUAAUAUUUAUUGAAGUGCUGACCUGGUGGGAGGACUUGAGCCAAACUCUGGGGAUUCAGGUAGAGCAAGCUUGAACUUUCCUCAUUCAUUAAAUCUAAAGAAGUCCCAAAGAUCAGCCUGUUUUAUUGUUCUGGAUUCCUUCCAAUGAACUGGAGGAUUGUGUUCAAUUAAGCAGGACAUCAUUAAUAUGGAGUAAAGGGGUGGGACUUGACUUACCUUACGAAUCCCGUCAGCGGAAGCCAUGCAUAAGGGCUUGUUCAAUGGGGCUUUCUUCUUGCCACCUUCCCCAUUCUCUGCCCCCCACCCAAAAAUUGGCUCUUGCUUGGGAGAACCCCCAGAACAGCAGGAGGGGGGAAAUUAUUCUAAUUGGCAAGCAGAAUUGCUUGCGCAGAUGGAACAUUCAGCAUAGCAUGACGUUGAAUUCCAUCCUAAUACAUUUGUAUUCUAGCUGCCAUCUAUUAGGUCAAACUACAAAAUUGCCUUGCAUUCCGCAAGUUAUAUUUUUAUAUUUAAAAAUUAAACUUUGCAUUCUUGCUUUGGAUUUGGAGGAGAUUUCAGGGUUGAAAUACUUGGUCAUGUUUCCCACCCAAUUAUCACCUGUUUGUGCUCCAGAUCAGCCUUACAGGCUCUUUGGAAGCGUUUGGCUGGCUCCCAGGGGUGCCAACUUGAAUAAAAUAUGGGGUGGGGGGAAGCCCCCUCAAAUAUUUUAUUGGGGGGGGCAAAGCCCCCACAGCCCCUAGGAGUUGGCUCCUAUGCUGGCUCAUGUUAGAAUUGGGGUGUGUGUUUGACAAGGUGAAUCAUUGGUCUCUUGACUCUUGUAACUUGAUUGUUUUGCCUUUUCCCUAAAAUGUAUUGAGUCUCUCCAGGACGAUUGCUUUCAAAAUGUGGGAGCAGUACUUUUCAACAUUUGCAUCCGCUCUCAGCUUGUCUUGUGUGAACUGAACUAGGGAUGUAAGAGUUGGUGUUGCAUAUGAAUGCAUUUUGUUAGUACAGUGGUACCUCAGGUUACAGACGCUUCAGGUUACAGACUCAGCUAACCCAGAAUUAGUACCUUGGGUUAAGAACUUUGCUUCAGGAUGAGAACAGAAAUCGCACGACAGUGGCGCAGCAGCAGCAGCGGGAGGCCCCAAUAGCUAAAGUGGUAUCUCAGGUUAAGAACAGUUUCAGGUUAAGAACGGACCUCCGGAAUGAAUUCAGUUCGUAACCAGAGGUACCACUGUAUACAUCUUUUGAGUGUGUUUGGAUGAUCACAUCUUGACUUAAGCUGACGUAUGAAGAGACCAUGUGCACGGUCGUAACACUUAACUAAGCUGAUACAUGGCCAUCAGAACUGGGCCUUUGACAUCUUGUCAAUAGGACAGGUUUUCUUAAUCUUUGCAAUCUGCCUUUAGGCAUGAAUGCCACUCUAAUAUCAAUCUAUUAAUGUAUGCGUACUCCUGUUCCCUAACACAGUGGUUUGGUUAUGAUCUUUAUUAUCAGCCAAUAUUGUCUUUAGGCUGGGUCCAAAUGGACAUAGCACAACCCUGUGCAUGUCUAUUUAGAAGCAAGUCCCAAUGAGUUCAUGGAGACUUUCCCCCGAUUAGUGUCCAUUGGAUUGCAGCCGAACAGUUGGACUUGGUUGUCUUGUCUUUGUCCCAUUUAUUUCAAUGGAAACUGACAAAGGUGGGCUCCAACCUUCUCCGUCCAUAUUAGAGCCCAAAGAACUGGUCGAAGGUGUAAAUUGCCUUAUUCUCGGUUAGGAUGUUGUAAAACAGUAGAGCCUGAUGUAUUUCCAUGUUAGAUAGUCCUCACUGGAGCAAAACAUAACCUGUAAGUAUAUGAGCUUUGUGGAUGGCUACUAUUUCAAGUACUUGCAAGCACGUAUUUCAUAGAGGGCCAUUUUUAAUUAUAUAUUACUGAAAUGUUUUGUUUAUAAUGAUUUUUCGAAUUGGGUUUCAGUUUUAAUGAGAGACUUUAAUUUUGAAAUCUUCAAAUCGGAAAGAGGUGGGAGGAAUCAUUUUAUUCAAAACCGUUUCACAUUCCCAGUGGAUUAAAACGCUUGGGGGAAAGUUUUACUUCUGCUUAUAUUGGCAUGUCCCACUGAAGCUGUUGAUCCUACAAACUGGAAAUGAUUGUUGACCUUCACAUUUCCUUUCUGAAAGCUGAUAUAUAUAUAAUGGGCCUUUGGGGACAAGGGCAGGUACUGGCACCAGUGUCAAAUAUGGUUACAAAAGUCCUUUGAAGAGGGUAGUAACCAUGGUUAGCUCACUGUUAAUCCAAGGAAUGAGCAGCUAUAAUCUACAUUUCCCCCAUCUGGUCCAGAGUGCCAAGCUGUUUUAGACCCCAGCACAUGGUACUACUGCCUGCCAGGUAUUUUGACACAUGGACCACUGCAAAAAAUAACUUCAUCUUGGUUAGUGCAGUUCAGUCCGUUAAACCAUUUUUAGGAUCCCAGUUGUACAGUAAAACCAUAGUUUAGCUUGUUGAGCUAAGUUCUGCUGUUGUGGAGGGCAUGAGUAAGGAGACACCAGCAAGGCCUGUUGUCUUGCAAGCAAAGAGGCUGGAGACACAUGGAAGUUACCUUUAACCAUGGUUCACUUAUCACAGAGGCAACAGAUUACCAUGGUUAAUGCAAACAAUGCCCUGGAAAUCCACUACAGUUUGCAACCAGUCUUCCAUUAUGGUUAAAAUAUUUAAAAUACUGGUUAAGUUUUAUGUCCGUGUAGGCUCAAGUUGAUCUGAUCUGAAACUUUACAGGAGCUUUGGUGUAAACCCUUUCAGGUAACCAGGCACCUCCUGUGUACAUUAAUAGUGGUGGACAUGUUUAGGCAUGUAGGGGUUUGUGUGUAUCUAUACCUAUAUCUGUAUAUGUAUGUGUGUUACACCCACCCACCCGUUCUUGACAUGAAGCUGAAUGAGAGAGUCCUUGCUGGGUGCAUCAGAGGUGCUGCACACACAGAGCCACCAGAUUGGGGCAGGUGAGGGAUGGAUUGCUAAACCAGAGCCUCUUUCAGUAGCUUCCCUCCACCAAAUGUUCUGCCAUCAUAGCUUUGUUAAUGAUGGAAAAACAGAGAAGAGAGAGAGAGAGAGGAGAUAAAGCACUUCUGUAGUAACAAUAAUCCUUUGCCCUUCUAUAGCACCUCACAUCCGAGGAUCUCACAGUGCUUCCCAGACAUAAAUUACGCCUGUGAGGUAGGUAAGCAUUAUUAUCCCCAUUUCACAGAGGCACAAAAGAGGCUUAAAGGAAAAAAAAAAGCAACGUGCAAGCAUGGCCUCUAAUUUGGGGUGCCUGUUAUGAGACACUUGCAACCUAAGCCUAUGUAUGUCUGCUCAGAAGUAAGUCUCCCUAGUUUCAAUGGGAAUUACUCCCAGGUAAGUGUGCAAAGGGCCGCAUUGCCACUAAAGCUUUACUUUGUCAUUAGGAACCAGAGUUCCUCGGGAGUCAGGGUUUCCCAAGACAACAUCUCUGCUGGCUUUGAGCUUCUGUGGCUGCUCCCGCGAUCCAUUUUUAGGUUGUGAGAUUUACCUAGGUUACCUUGCUUUUAACUGUUAGGCCACAACCAUUUGCCUUUUCUUUUUUGCUUAAAGUGUGGGGCGUUGCGGAGGUGAAGCUGCCUUAGGAAAACGGAGGCGGCGCUGUUGACGUUUGCUUGGUGAAAUGACCCAAGCAAAGUCACUUUUUCUUUGUACCUGGUCAGUGAGUUCUUGGAAGAAAUUCACACGGCUCAGGGGAGGAGGAGAUCCAAAGCUGAAAACGAGUCUUUCUUUCAGCGAAUCCGAGCGACAGUGAACAGCCAGGAGCAGAAGAGACUGCUGAUGGACCUGGAUAUCUCCAUGAGGACAGUAGACUGCCACUUCACUGUAACUUUCUACGGUGCGCUGUUUCGUGAGGUACGGCUUCGUAGGUCUCCUCUUGUGUCCUUCAUUUGGGCUGCAGCCUUCACAGUACAGGACAUAGGAAAUAGCCGCCUUUUUAAAAAAACAACCAGACCAUAGUAUGCGCUGCUUAUUCUGACUUACAGUGGCUGUCCAGGGUCUCAGUCGGGCUCCAUCCCCUGCUUCCUGAUUCAAGGGAUUGAACCUUGCACCUUCUGCAUGCCAAGCACCUUCUAUACCACUUGUGCAUAUCCCCACUGAACAUGGAUCGUUCUUUUAGUAUAUGUGCAAGAUCUUAGUUGAGCAAUACUAGGUGGUAAUGUUAGUUAGUUCACAAGUUAGCUAGACCAUAGGAAAGCAGAGCAAGGUAUCUGCAGAGGGCUAACAGAAAUACCUACCUUCUCUACAGAGAAGAAGAAGAGUUUGGAUUUGAUAUCCCGCUUUAUCACUACCCGAAGGAGUCUCAAAGCGGCUAACAUUCUCCUUUCCCUUCCUCCCCCACAACAAACACUCUGUGAGGUGAGUGAGGCUGAGAGACUUCAAAGAAGUAUGACUAGCCCAAGGUCACCCAGCAGCUGCAUGUGGAGGAGCGGAGACACGGACCCGGUUCACCAGAUUACGAGUCUACCGCUCAUAACCACUACACCACACUGGCUCCUGUACUGAAUAGUACAGGAAGUGCAUGCUGGGAGCCAGUAUGGUGUAGUGGUUAGAGUGUUGGACUAGGACAGUGGUGACCAAACUUGCCCCUCCAGCUGUUUUUGGACUACAGUUCCCAUCAUCCCUGACCACUGGUCCUGUUAGCUAGGGAUGAUGGGAGUUGUAGUCCAAAAACAGCUGGAAGGCCAAGUUUGGCCACCACUGAACUAGGACCUGGGAGACCAGGGUUCAAAUCACCACUCAGCCAUGAAGCUCACCGGGUGACCCUUGAGCCAGUCACAAUCUCUUAACCAAACCUACCUCACAGGAUUGUUGUGAACAUAAAAUGGAGAGGGAAAGAUAUGUCACCUUGGAGAAAAGUUGGAAUAUGAGUGUAAUAAUAGUAAUAAUUUUUGGUUCUCUCUUAAAACUUCCAUUUGGUGCACACAGUCAGUUAAAUGGUUAAAGAGCGGUUGAUUAAAAAAGGUUGGCUCCCCUGCCCUUUUCCUUCUGUGUUAACUUUAUUGAUGAAAUAGGGAUUCCAACCUGUCUGACAGCUUGUAUCUUCCUUUUCUCCUUUCUCCAGUGCCAGGUCCCUCCUUCCUCUCCCAACACCUCGUGUUUCCCAGUACUUCCUAAAAAAGCAAAACAAAAUUCCACACAACAGGAAAGCGAUGUUUAGUGCCAGAAUUCCGGAUUAUUAUUUUUAAAAAAAUGGUGUUUUGCUUGGCAUGAAAACGAUCACUGCAGAAAUUGAAAUCCUGCUUCUGUUUCCUCAUUGCACCAAUUGGAAUUUGUUUUGGAGGACGGAAUUCACAUGGGCCAAAUAAUCCUUCAAAUAGCCCUUCUUGGCUACUGCUGCACUUAGCAAACUUGUUCCCUUUCUCAAGGAAGUUAGCCUUGAGGCCCCGAUGUUUCUGUGGUCAGAGGGGAGCCGGCUUUGUGGUGCGAUGCUUCAGCUUCAGAAAACAAAAUAGCUAUGCAGCUUAAUUUUACAUUGUUAGUGAAAUGGCUGAGGUAACUUGUGGCCGAGACUGGAAUUCAGACAAGGGGAUGGGAGGGUGCAAUGCCCCAAACUCUGCUCAUGGUCUUCCCAAAUCCUGCACUGGCAUGAGAUGUUGGUACAUGUAUUUAUUCAGGUUGUAUGUUAUGCUACACAGUGUGAUGGGAGAGAUAUUAGUUCAUACAUGCGCUCCAAAAUGUGCUGGGAGCCAAACUCAAAAGUGUUUGUGCUGACCUUUAAAGCCCUAAACAGCUUCGGCUCUGUAUACCUGAAGGAGUGUCUCCACCCCAAUCGUUCAGCCUGGACACUAAGAUCUAGCUCUGAGGGCCUUCUGAUGGUUUUGCGAGAAGUGAGGCUAUAGGGAACCAGGCAGAGGGCCUUCUUUGUAGUUGUGCCCACCCUGUGGAGUGCCCUCCCGUCAGAUGUCAAGGAAGUAAACAACUAUCAGAACACAUCUGAUGGCAGCCCUGUAUAGGGAAGCUUUUAAUGCUUGAUGUUUUACUGUGCUUAAUGUUUGAAUUUGUUGGAAGCCGCCCAGAGUGACUGGGGCAGCCUAGUCAGAUGGGCGCAUAUAAAAUUGUUAUUAUUAUUAUUAUUAUUAUUAUUAUUAGGCAUUGAAGGCAAUGCACAUACACUUUGUUGGAAGCAGGUGUGUGUGUGUUUGCAGUUGGUUCUCCAGAGUGGAGAAUUAUUAACACCAUUCUUUUCCCUCUGCCUUUCCCUAGGGAGAUGUUUGGAUUUGCAUGGAAUUGAUGGACACUUCACUGGAUAAGUUCUACAAGCAAGUCAUUGACAAAGGCUUGACGAUUCCUGAGGACAUCUUAGGAAAAAUAGCUGUCUCAGUGAGUACUUUUGGGUUGCUUUAAUCCUCUUCCAAAGGGGAUUCAGCUCCCUUUCCAUCUUUGCAGCCCACAUCUGCCAGUCAGCUGUUAAAUGUACAAAAGUUGCAAAAGGAAAAUGGAGAACAAAUAGCAGCUGGCUUCUCUUUUAGGGCUUAUCCUUGGUAUUUAUGAGCCACAUCUUCCUAAAAGUAGCCUGGAAAGCCCUUCAUGAGAGAAGAACCAGAAUUUGUUUUGCAAAGCGGGGUUAGGGAGCCCUGUGGGGAAAUAUUAAGAGAGAGGUGAGCUGAGGGCCAAAUGACAUGCAAUGAAAAUACCUGUUUGUUCUUUGACUUUAGUUUCAAAGACUGAAAGUUACCUGAGGAUGAGGGACUGGUGGCUUGAUCGCAGAUUGCCAUUGGAGAGGGGAUGCUCAAUUGCUUCCUUGAGCCAUUUUUCUGCUACGGGGAACUUUCCCCCUCCAGCUCCUUUCUUACCUGUGGAGGAAAACAAUAUUUUUCCUCUGCAGGUGAGGAACAAUCCCAGGGCUCCUUUCUUUUUGUGUACUUUGCCUCUUAGGAGAUGUGUUUUGGAGACACCUUAUACUGGGUGUAUAACCUGGAAUUCCAAGGAAUUUAGAACUCUGCUGGAAUUCAGCCAUCAAAACUUCCUAAAGAGUGAUGCCCAAAGCUUGAACACACUGUGAUCCCUCGAAGGUUGUUACAUCAGUGUUUUAUUUUGAGCACACUGCAAAGAGGGGGGUUGGAAGAGCAAUGAAUAGUAUGAAUCAUGUUUUAUCACCCUGGUGCCAGACUGCAGGCUCAGCACUCUCCUGCCUGUUAAUUGCCCAAACGCCCAACCUAGACUGUCUCCAGCCUGGUUAAGUGUUGAAAGAAGAGCUAACCUGUGGCCUGGGAGGAACGAGCGAAGCAGAAUACUUCUGCUUCAGCCAGCUUCAGCUCGUUCUUAUCUGUCUGUCCCUGUUCUUUUUUUUUUCCCAGAUUGUGAAAGCGUUAGAGCACCUACACAGUAAGCUGUCUGUAAUUCACCGAGGUAAGUGCGACCAGAGUUGGACACCAUAACAAUUCUUGGUUCUGGAAAAUGGGUUGACGAGCGCUGUGCAAAGUGCUAAAUGGCAUUUCCAUCAGUUUAGGUCAGUUUGGGUCAGUUUAGGUCAGUUUGAAGCUGCAUCAGCGACCAAGACUUCUUCUCCCUGAUGGCUGAGGGUACUUAAUACCCAUACUCUUUCCAGGCCCAGCCCAGGAUGCUGAUUUUGACCUGGCCAGUAUUGCUUCAAUACUAGAACUCUCAUUUUGGCUUUGCCAAAUGCCGUUUUGGUACUUUCCCUAUAUCAGCAUCCCCACCUGCAUCUGAGAUAAUGGAAUUGGCCUACCUGUACUUUGCGGCUGUAAGGAUUACUGUGGUAUAAUGGAUUGAACCCAAAGCGAUGCUAAAUGGAGAACUGUUAGUGCAGUGGAAUUUCCCCCCUAUCCCUUCCAGUCUCCUGUGUCUCACAAACAGCCUUACUUGGGAGAGUCAGGGCCUGCGCUGAGCAGUGAUGGCUGGAGUGGAGGGGCUUCGGUGAUGGGGAUAUUAUCUAAAAUUGGGCAAAAGGACUAUCUGCUUCUGCAACUUGGGGUCCAAAUAAUACAUGUGCCUUGAUCACUUAAGAAAAGCACAUGAAUACUUACGUAUCAUCAUCAUAUAGGCAAAGGUAAAGGUAAAGGACCCAGUUAAGUCCAGUUGAAUUCAACUAUGGGGUGCGGUGCUCACCUCUGCUUUCAGGCCGAGGGAGCUGGUGUUUGUCCACAGACAGCUUUCCGGGUCAGUGGUACACCGUGACAGAAGCCAGAGUGCACGGAAAUGCCGUUUACCUUCCCAUCGCAGCUGUACUUAUUUAUCUACUCGUGCUGGUAUGCUUUCAAAUUGCUAGAUUGGCAGGAGCUGGGACAAAGCAACAGGGAUGGAGGUGGCGCUGCAGUCUAAACCACCGAGCCUCGUGGGCCUGCCCAUUGUACAGUCGGCAGAUCAAAUCUGUGUGACAGGGUGAGCUCCUGUUGUCAUAUAACUUGCCCAAUAGGAAUCCUCCCUAAUUAAGUGUCAUAGGAAGAUGCUUGGAGGUAAACCCAGCAUCUUCUGCUUCAGUGUAAGAGAUAAAUCAGGGAUGCGGGUGGCGCUGUGGGUUAAACCACAGAGCCUAGGACUUGCCGAUCAGAAGGUUGGCGGUUCGAAUCCCCGCAAAGGGGUGAGCUUCUGUUGCUCGGUCCCUGCUCCUGCCAACCUAGCAGUUCGAAAGCACAUCAAAGUGCAAGUAGAUAAAUAGGUACCGUUCCGGCAGGAAGGCAAACGGCAUUUCUGUGCGCUGCUCUGGUUCGCCAGAAGUGGCUUAGUCAUGCUGGCCACAUGACCCGGAAGCUGUACGCUGGCUCCCUCGGCCAGUAAAGCGAGAUGAGUGCCGCAACCCUAGAGUCGGUCACAACUGGACCUAAUGGUCAGGUGUCCCUUUACCUUUAAGAGAUAAAUCACUUCCUUAAUGGCCAUUCAGAGUAGAGAUAAUUUCAUUGAAAUUGUUAUGCUAUGAGUCCUUAUUAAUCCACAUUUAACAAAGCAGGAAUCAGCACUGGAAAUACACAAUGGCUACUGUCACAUAUAACUCUCAACCAGUAGUCUUCUACCUUUUCAGUCCCUUUUCAUGUUAUCUCAAACAUAGGUUUGCGGACCCUUUUCUUAACUUUUUUUUUAAACCGUAUAUUUGUUUGUUUGGAGUGACGUUUGUUUGGAGGAAGGAAACCUCCAGUUUAGAUGACGGACAAGCCAAACUCUGACUUGUCUCAUCAGCGGUCAGGGAGGAGUGCUGUUGGAACUUUCGAGCUCCAUCACAUUAAACCAUAGUUUGUUUUAAACGAUGGUUGAAUGAGAUGUGUGAAGCAGGUCAAACCAUGGCUUAAUGAAGCUCACUUGUUUAACCAACCAGAGGUUCGAUAAACAAUGAUCCCUGUCUAAUACAAAAUGGCAAGCCAAGAUUAGGGGAGACUCACUGACAAAGUCCUUCUGGCUGCCUUGUAGAAGGAGAAAAAUGGGGAAAGCACCUGUACAUAAAAGGACGCAGGUGGUGCUGUGGGUUAAACCACAGAGCCUAGGACUUGCUGAUCAGAAGGUUGGCAGUUCAAAUCCCCACGACGGGGUGAGCUCCCGUGGCUCGGUCCCUGCUCCUGCCAACCUAGCAAUUUGAAAGCACGUCCAAGUGCAAGUAGAUAAAUAGGAACCGCUCCGCUGCUCUGGUUCGCCAGAAGCGGCUUAGUCAUGCUGGCCACAUGACCCAGAAGCUGUACGCCGGCUCCCUAGGCCAAUAAAGCGAGAUGAGCGCCGCAACCCCAGAGUCGGCCACGACUGGACCUAAUGGUCAGGGGUCCCUUUACCUUUUCCUUACCUGCACAUAGGGUGCAUUCUGCACAUAGUUCUAAAACACGGUUUAGCAUUAAGCAUAAAUGUGACCACUAGCUCUCUACGUCUUCUUCCCUGCCAUAGAAUAAACUAGGGUUUCUGUAAGUCUUGGACAAUCUGGCUGGUAUAACUGUUGCUGAAUGUUGGUGCUAACCAUGGUUGAAAGAAAGACAGCAGUUGUGCUCCAGGGAGAAGAAGAAGCAUGGGUUCUUAAUGCUGGCUCCCAGUCUCUUUAACAAUGGUUAACAGCGAGCCAGAGUGGAACCUGCAUCUCUGUUUGGCCCCUGUGACUUCUGCUCAAACUUGUACCCCUGUUUUUGAACUUUUACUGGAUAGGAGUCCAACGUCUGUAUGGUGGCAGGCUCCCUGUCCCUGGCUUACAGCCUGGGAAAAGAUAUCAUUUUCUUAUCUCCUGUGGUUCUCAAGAUGACAAGUGAAAUGUAUGCUGGUGCCCUCUGGUGGCUCUUGUUUGUCCUCUUCCAUUUCUGCUGUAACGCUACUGCAAGCAACCUGCUUCCUGUGCAUUCCACCUUGCAGAUGUCAAGCCCUCAAACGUACUGAUCAACACACUGGGACAGGUGAAAAUGUGUGACUUUGGAAUCAGCGGUUACCUCGUUGACUCUGUGGCCAAGACGAUGGAUGCUGGCUGCAAGCCUUACAUGGCAGUAAGUUCAGGUUACCAGGUUUUUUUCAAUGAAUCUGGGGACACUUUUCAACUUCAGUGGAUUUUGUUUGGGGACUGAUGUGUAAAUCCGGGGACUGUCCCUGGGAAACAGGGACAUCUGGCAACCUUACAGUAAGUGCAAAAUACGGGAAAAGUUCGCUGUACUUCCUGACUCUUUUUACAUGUAUGGGGGCAGGUUUUCGUUUCUGUUCAUUUUCAGUAUUUCUACUUUGCAGAAGGGAUUCCACUUGUGCAAUGGGAUCUGCCCCCCACUCCCCAAAUUGCUGAAAUUGGCCAGGGGAGAGAAUCAUUCUGUCUGGCAAGCCAAACUGCUUUCACUGACAGUACUCUCGGGAGAGUGUAUGUUAAAUUCCAAAUUGGGGAAGGCUACUCUUAACAAAAAUCAGAUUAAGGCAGAAAGACGUUCCCUGUGAAAUCUCUUCAAAGCCUAAGGGAAUAGUUACACAUUGCAUACACCUUCAUUCAUUUGCAUGCAUACAGGAAGUUGAGAGAGUCUUCUUCCUCCAUCAGCUGAGGGAUUUACAACUUGGGCAACUAAAUAUAAUACUAUUUGUGUUCUGUCUCUUCCUCCCCCCACCCCAGCCUGAAAGAAUCAACCCAGAACUAAACCAAAAGGGAUACAGCGUCAAAUCCGAUAUUUGGAGUCUGGGAAUCACUAUGGUAAGAGUUUACACAGGAAGGCCUGAUGGACUGUGGCUACUGAAGAGAGUUUUGUCCAUUUGGCCUUGUUCCACACGUAAAAUAUUUUGCAAUCUGCGGCUGAUUGCGAUUAAUAAAAUGCCUGAAUAUACCUCAGGCCUUUAGCCUUCAAUACAUUGAAGACAUGGUGAGCUCGAAAUGUGUCCAUGUUUAAAUGCUUAACAUUCUGUGAGAGGAAAGAUUAACAAUUUCACUGUUUUAAGUUCGCCACUGUACUUAGCAGAGCCCACUGCGGUCACGGGGGUUACGUGAGAGCAGGAGAAAUAUCUUGAUUAUUUUUUUUGGGUGGGGAAUGCGGUUUGACUGCUUCUGCCUCUUUACAUGGGCGUCUGUCAUGGAUGCUUUAGCUGAAAUUCCUGCAUUGCAUGGGGUUGGACUAGGCAACCUACCUUGGAGUCUCUUCCAACUCUACAACUCUAUGAUUCUAGUGUUUUAUUGAGGCUGGAAAGAGCUGUGAGUAACUCUGUGAGGGUUGUGUUAAUACUGGAUUAAUACUGGUGGUUGGAGUUUAUAGGAAGUCCGGAACAGUAGUCGUCAACCUUUUUUCAGAAACAAGACCCAUGACUCUUAGUCUAAAUGUGUGCAUUUUAGUAUUCCAUUGUAUGCCAUAUACAGUGGUACCUCGGGUUACAUACGCUUCAGGUUACAGACUCCGCUAACCCAGAAAUAGUACCUCAGGUUAAGAACUUUGCUUCAGGAUGAGAACAGAAAUUGUGCUCCGGCGGCGCAGUAGCAGUGGGAGGCCCCAUUAGCUAAAGUGGUACUUCAGGCUAAGAACAGUUUCAGGUUAAGUAUGAACCUCCGGAACGAAUUAAGUACUUAACCGGAGGUACCACUGUAUUUGUCUGGCAGGUAUUUGUGUGUGUGUGAGAGAGAGAGUGAGUGCGUGACAGAGAUCACUAUUACAGAUAAGGCAUAUAGCAGUGGUUUUCAGCCUUUUUCUUUUUAAGGGAACCGUUUCCUUAGCCACAGUCUACUGGGGAACACAUGUUGCAGAAAACUCUGGGGAAUGUGAACAUCCUUCACUAACCCACCACGUGUUUUGGACUACAAAUCCCAUCAUCCCUGACAAUUGCCCGUGCUGGCUGGGGCUGAUGGGAGAUGUUGUCUAGGCAAGAGAGAUGGGGAAGGGGGGAGAUGGUUCUAGGGCAUGCCUUCCUUUCAGGUGGGAUACAGGCCUAUUGAGCCUUAUCACCACCACGUGUGAUUUGAGAGUGUGCCAUGGCACAAACACAAUGCCCCAAGUUGUCACCGAUCGCCAGGGGUGAUCUGUAGUUGCAAGUAAGCAGACUUUUGAGGAAACUUGCCCCCCAAAUACACUUCUUGAAAACUUGGAGACUGCCCCCCCAAAUGCAUUUUGAGAGCCACUGGCAUGAAGAAAUGCUUCAUUGGAGCAGUUCACUUUUUUCCUUUCUGGAUUUAUUGGCGGGUUUAAAGCCAAAAACGCGGUGGAGUUUUAAUGUUGAAAAGCUGCAUAGGUGGAUUUUACUUUCUUUUCCUGCUUUGCUUUCCAUCGUCAAUUUUGCUUCCCCCUCCCCCCUUCUCCAGCUGACCUCUUGCAGACGUGAAGCUGUGCCUUCUCGUUUUGUUUGCAGAGGUCCUAAUUCCUCUUCACUUUGUGUGGGUAUCCGAGCUUCUCUUGACAACGUUCAAGAGACAUCAGAUGAAUUGUGCUAAGAAGCAUAGGCAGAAACAGGUCAGAAGGAAAGCAGGUUGCCAGGAGAGACGCCUAGAUUUCCGGAUGUAGUGUCAGCUUGUAUGCCAGCGGCAGCCUUUUUUCUAGAACAACCAAGUCAGCAGCUUUGAGCAUCCUUGGGACUGAGGUUUUUAAAAUCGGGACUGGCUUCCUUAAAAAACAACAACCCAAAACAGACUAGUUUGGGUAGGCAGGUGAAUUUCAGAACGUACAAGCGUUCCGCAGCCUCUUUUAAAACAGUGCUUCCGAUAAAUGCUAAUGCAGCUAGGCAUCAGCGUGCAUGUGUAGGUUGUUUAUCUGGAAGAAACCUGAUGCCCUGCAGUCAUAAUCUGUCUCCAUACUCACUCAACUGGCACUACGCCUGCUUCAGGGAAUCAGAGCAUUCAGAGCAAACAGACAGCUUCUUUUGGCAAACUGGAAUCAUUCUCCAGGGAACGAUGAGUCCCCUCUGGUUGCAACAGCCCCCGUGGGUAGGGAAUGGAGAGGGAGAGGACAGAGAACAUACCCUCCCCUGGCAUUCUGCAUUCUCCAGGGAAGGCAGUGGGUACAUGGCGCAAACCAGCUGAACUGGCCUCACAUGCUGCUACUUUUAAAUAUUCCCAGGGACAUGCCGUCUCCAGGGAUUCACACAGGCUGUGCCUUCCAGAGGCGCCAAAUGAGCCCAGGGUUUCUAAGGGGGGAGCGGAAAAAAGAAAACAGGGAGCAGAAGCCGUAAGAGGAGGUCCGGUGCCAUUGCGGGGCCAUGCCUGCAGAUGGCAGCAAAAGCUACGGUUGUUAGGGAAACGGAACAGUGUUUGUCUCCUCACUGUACUUUUUGGAUAAGGUAAAGGUAAAGGGACCCCUGACCGUUAGGUCCAGUCGCAGACGACUCUGGGGUUCCGGUGCUCAUCUCGCUUUACUGGCAGAGGGAGCUGGCAUACAGCUUCUGGGUCAUGUGGCCAGCAUGACUAAGCUGCUUCUGGCGAACCAGAGCAGCGCACAGAAACGCCGUUUAUUUUCCUGCCGGAGCGGUACUUAUUUAUCUACUUGCACUUUGAUGUGCUUUCGAACUGCUAGGUUGGCAGGAGCUGGGACCGAGCAACGGAAGCUCACCCCGUCGCGGGGAUUCGAACCGCCGACCUUCUGAUCGGCAAGCCCAAGAGGCUCAGUGGUUUGGACUGAGUGGUUUAGACAUUAGCUAAAGUGGUACCUCAGGUUAAGAACAGUUUCAGGUUAAGAACAGACAUCCAGAAUGAAUUAAGUUCUUAACCCGAGGUACUACUGUAUAAAGGUACUUUAUAAAGGUACCUUUAUAAGGUACCUUUCUUUUUUUUAAAAAAAUAACCUAAGAAAGUGAUAUUGAUGCCUCUCCAUCUUCUCUCCAUGCCCAGAUUGAACUGGCCAUUUUGCGGUUUCCGUACGAGUCCUGGGGGACGCCAUUCCAGCAGCUCAAACAGGUGGUGGAAGAGCCAUCACCUCAGCUCCCAGACACCUUCUCUGCAGAGUUUGUUGAUUUUACCUCACAGUGGUAAGCGUGAGUCAUUUUUUGGGUGGGGUGGGGUGGGGCGGGAACCCCACGGGACCCCUACCUAACUUUAGAUCCUGUUCCCAGACUCAUGUAGUCAAAGGGUGGGUGGGUGGGUGGGAGGUGAACCUUUGGCUUUCCAGAUGUUGUUGGACUCCUAGCUGCGAUCAGCCCCAGCCAGCACAACCAACAGGCAGGUAUUAACGAUUAUGAUCAUUAUCGCUAUUGUGGAUACAUUUAAUCACCUUCCAAACAAGCAUCUCAAGGUGGCGUACACUUAAAAAACACCCAACCAGUUUGAAACACAAAAUAGACCCUUGUGGCUGAUAGGAACUGUAGUCCAACAACGUUUGAAGGCCACAGGUUCCUCUAUCCCUGACCUAGUUUAUUUUUGUUUGAACCAAAUGCUAUUGAAGACCUUUGCGUGCUCACCAGGAAUUUGCUUGGUUUUAAUACUGAGCUUUCAGUAGAAUUUGACUGGUUUUACUGUGAUUUCUUUUAUUUUGGAGUAUAUCGAUCUGUCUGUGUGUAUAUAGUUAUAUAUAUAUACACACACACACGUAUGCAUAUAAAUGCAUAAACAUAAUUUAAAAGUAUUAGUUCUGCACCACCCUUCAUUAAUUAUUUCAGGAUAGUUUGCAGUAACAAAAUAACGUCUCCAUUAAACUAUUUCAGUAAAUACAUAAAUCAAAUGCACUACGUUAUUAGUUUGUUGUUUUUUUAAAUAAAGAAGAAUUACAUGCUGCCUUUUUGGCUCUUAAAAAAAAGGUAAAAAGGAAGUUUGCAUCUAUAAGGGUCAAAAACACUGGGUUGGGGCCAGAAUUCACACUACAAUAAAGGAGAAAAGACAACCAAUAACUUAAAUCAGAUUUAAAAUGCAUUAAAAUUCUGUGGCAACGACAACAACAAAUGGCUCCACCACUUGCCCCAAAUGACCAGCUCUGGUGUAGCUGGACUGAACUUGCUAUUGUCCCCCUGGGUGAAAUUUUAAAUUGUAAGCUCAUUGGGGCAGGAGCCAAUCACCUUUGACUUUAUAGAGCAGCACCCAUGCUUGUGGGUUAAACCCCACCUUCUCUCCAGAAUUCAGCUUAUGAGUUAAAAUCUUUGCAGGAUUGAGGUUGAAGAGUCUGGCUGACAGGUAUAAGACGCACAUCCUUCCUUGAAAAUUUGUCACAAAUAUCUAUAAAAUGCUGUAGAGGAGGUAGGGAUAAUUAUUUUAGUCCACUACUUGCUUUUAAAAAAUAAAUAAAAAAUAAGUCAGUUUAAUUACUCAGCAGAUGCUUGCCUUUGGCUGCUAAUGGCAUGAUCAAGAUACUUGCUCUGGAAGUAGCUGCUUCAUUGUUUUGAAAACAGGCAGAAGCUCUCAAGGGAAUCUGGCAAGGUGCAUAUGUGAGCCUGGUCUUUACGUCAGCCAUCUCUACUUCCACUGCCUUCUUCCUGAGCUAAGGCACGUGUGUCUGAGUGAACUUUCCUCAAGGACUGUUUCCUGUAGCUUUCAGGAAAUGUCAUGUUGACCUCCCAGUGGUCUAUGGGGGAAGUGACUCAGUGUGUCAGAGUUCUGGUCCUUUAGUUCUCUGGGGCAAGACGUGAAACGCCAUUGUGCCAAGGCAGAGUGUGAGGAGAAGAGAAAAGACCGUUGAAAUAGAGCAGUGUAGAGUCUUUGGUUCCUGCAGGCUGCCUAAAAGAAUGGAGUUCCUUUUGUGACAUUUAAAUGGGUGCUGUUUUACUUCAUUGUUUCAUAGUGGCCUUUUUUGAGCCAUUUAGUCCUGACACUGUAAGUUUAUGUUCUUUCAGACGGCCAAACUUGCCAUCGUAUCAUCCCAUCUAGCAUCUUCGGUUUAUAUAUUGCAUCUUCAGUUUACCCCUAUCUUUCUGCCUUCUUAUUGCUACUCUCAUCCAAAUCCUCUCUCUCUCUCUCUCUCUCUCUCUCUCUCUCUGUGUGUGUGUGUGUGUGUUAGAGAGAGAGAGAAAGCGAGAGAGAAAUAGAUUUAAACACUACAAAAAAUGCAGCCUAGGUUCAUAGUAAAGUUAUGAAAAGCUUAUGGGAAAGGAAUAAAUUAGCAGAAGAAUAUGAAAUUUCCUCAUGGCCAGCUUGGAUAGAGUUCGAUGCUAGUUUAUUUAAAAAAACACCAACCCAACAAUUUUUGACAUGCACACUCUCUCCUGUCAGUUUUGAUAAGCAAAGACAUGGGGUGUGCGUGUAUGCACACACGAAAGAAUCAUUGGGUUUUGUUAUAUUACACAGCAUAAGAGUUUCCGUAAACCUGAGCUCUGAGAUGAUGCAGUGAGAGAUGGGCAGGAAGUAUCCCUUCAGUAAGCAUCCUCCACUUCCCCCCUACCCCCUGGGCUUGGCAAAUCCCAGAAGAGGGUGUGUUUACUAUAGCCCGAUGAUCACACUUUUGUUUCUCUCAGUGUGACACUUUACACCUCCUUCCCCUCUCUGCUAAAGCAUGUGUACGUGUGGAGAUCUUUUUUCAAGUCACCCCAAGCAUCUUCCCCGUAAAUACUCUGCCAGGAAGUGAGUUGCUAUUACAUCCUGUCUUCAAAGCUAUUUUCAGCUGCAGGGAGACCGGAAUAAAUGGAUCUUUUUUACCCUUCCACCUCACCCGUUCAAGUCACAGACAAACUUUCCCAGCCACCCAUUGUAGUAAUAAUAGCUGUUUGCAGAAAGGAUGAAGCGUGCCGAGAUGGCCUGUUCUGGCAAUGGGUGACGCAGAUCAAAGGUGAUGGGAAGGUAGAACAGCCCCACGUGUUGUGUACAGCUGAUAAAUGAAUAUUCUAUGUGCUCAUCUCUUUGGGGGGUGGGAAUGUCUGAGGAGGCUCAUCUACAAGUAAGUAUUGGUUUUAUGCCAGUUCAGCUUGUCCUGGUGCCCUGCAAAGUAUACUGGGAACUGAAGUUUGGCGAGGGCGCUGAAACAGCUUGUCACCAGCUGUGCAGAAUUAAAAGUUUGCGUUGGAAUCCCAGUCACACUUAAGUCACCAUACAAAUGAUAUGCCUGAAGGGCUCCUCACAUGAUUGCCAGAGAGCAGGGCAGAACAGCUUCUCUUGGCCCCUUCUCCAAUGCCUGCAGUUUUAAGGGAAGUUUAAGCAUGGGAAUUAAUGCAGGAGGGAUUCUGUGUUCAUAGCUCUCUGCAUGCAUAGGCAUGGGAGCUGGAACCAUGCAUGAUCUAGUUACAUGUUUGGGUGGACAUCAGUUGGCAUCGCUUUGGUUCCAUUUCUGGUGUCCUUUGGUGCUGAGACUGGUGCAAAGCAAGUCCCAUCACCCUCCUUUACAGGGACACAGAUAAUUCCUUGUGUUUUCACGGGCAAGUUGGCUGUUUGCUUCUAUUGGCUGAAACACACAUAUAAUUUUCCUUUCUCUCUCUUCCUCCCCCCUUAAAGCUUGAAGAAGAAUUCCAAAGAGAGGCCAACAUACCCUGAACUAAUGGUGAGUUUGUAGUCGCAACAGAUCCAGGUGCAGUACAGGCAGAAAACACAAGUUUUGGUUCUGACAACCUGUCGUUGUGGAUGCUCAUCCUGAGAAUUGGUUUGGGUUUUCCCUCCGGGUAGAUGGAAACCCACAAAUGUUAGCGUUCUUUUACGUUAUCUGAAUCAUGUUUUGAGCCAAUAGCUUACCUUAGGAAGUGUGAAAUCCAGUGACUGCCUAAAGUCCCAGGGAGGGGCUCCCACAUUACUCAGGGAGGUGCAGAAUGGGUAAAUUUGUACUGGAAUCCUCAAAGAUCAAAUUCAUUAAGUAUCCUUAAUCAGCACUACUGUUUCUGCCAGAUGGAAACUCAAGAACCAGUUUGGGUUGCCAUAUUUCAAAAGGUGAAAAUCCGGACACAAAAGUUGUUGAGCUUUUCCCGGACGUUUCAGCAAUUUCCACCCAGAUGUUGCUAAAAAGGCACUGCAGUUUGGAGGGAGAUGACUGUAGUUUUUCUUUCUGAAGGGGCUUUUAUACAAAUUUUCAAGCUGCUUUUACUGCAUGGGAUCCAUUUUUACGGUAGAGAAGUUGCAGUUCCCUUUCUCUUCUAUGACCUGUACCCAUGAAAUCACUAUAUCAAGCAAGACGGCAUGAAUCUCCAAAAACUUUUGUGGCAACCACCACCAUGUCCUUCUCACCUCUGCGAAGUCCCUGGGGAAGGGAGGUGGGGACUUCUGGCAAUGAUUUCAACCCUUCCAUCCAUUUAUGUGUGUAAUAUAAUAGUACGUAUUUCCUUCUUAAUGCUGAUGAAAUUCUGAGCUGCUCCCAAGUCUGCCACCUCGUUUUGACUCUUACUAAAUGGUGGUUCUGAUAUCCAAGUGUAAGUUUCUGAACCAUUAUCCUCUUCUUUUCUUGUAAAAGAAAUUUGUAUAAGUAAUUCCUAUGAACAACAACAAGCAACAACAACAAGCGACAUGGCACCAGCUUACUACACUUUUUAGUGAUAGCUGAUCCAUGGCCAUUUGAUGUACCUUUGGGAACUAUUAAUUUGCUGAUGAAGAUUUAUCAUUGAAACAGUUUAUUAUCCUGGGAGAACUGUACUGUUCUUGCUGUUGUGCUCAGAGCAGCCUAUUUCGAUGUUUGGAGCACCCAUCAGCUCACAUUUGUAGGACAUAGACUGUGGAAAGGCAUUCUGACUCCAUUUCAGUGAUCUUUGACAGUGACUUACCAUUCCUACCAUUCUUGUUCCUGGAACAUUUAUUUGAUUCUUAUUAGUUUGUGACUCCAUGGACAUAUUAUAUGUCUUCUGUUUAUGAAUUUUGAAACAGUAUAGUGUUAUAAAAAUGUUGUCGGUAUAAUAUUAGCCGACGUGUUGCUUGUUGUUGUUCACAGUGUUCUGUUUUGCAACACGGGAUUUUCUUUGGUGUAUAAGUAAUUCCUAUGGCAUUUCUGCAAAAGGGAUCUAUAACGCAGUUAUCAUGUAGGGUCGUGGGUUCAUUUUUUUUUUUUUUUAUAGUUGAUAUUUAUUGAAUUUUCAAAAAAUAACAACAAAAAUUUCCAAAAAAAAUAAAAAUAAAAAAAUUUAAGGAUACAAAAAACAAAAUUAGUGCAUAAACAAAAAAGAAAAGAGAACCCAGCCGCAAAGAAAAAAAAAGAGAAACAGAAAAACAAAAAUAUAAAGUCCUUUACAAUCUCUAUUGACUUCCUUUCUAGACUUCCUCCUCCUCCCCUCUUUUGUUUCUUAAUUUUUAAUUUUUACAGCAAAUCCUUUCUGUUUUUUCAUAACAAUCUGUCAUUACGUUUCCUUAUUCUAUUUUCCCUCUUGUCAUAUAAAAACUUUAAAACUCAUAGCUUAUAUUCAAUAUUUACCAAAUUCUUGCAUCAUUACCUUUUACGAAUCAUUUACCAAUCCUUACUUAAGUCAUGUAAUUUCAUUCAACAUCCUUCAAACAUUUGUAUGCAUUCCGUAUAUUAAAAUGUAAAAAGAAAAAAUAAUAAGUCAAAUUCAGUCCAGUCAGCUUCCAACCUCCCCUCCCCUGGACCCGGGAUUGUCAGUCCUUUUAACCUCGGUAAUCCGGCUCCUUAACCUGGUUGUCUCGUAUCCGAGGCCCUCAAGUCUCUUUCUUGCCCCUUUCGCCACUCUUGUUGAUGAUUCCUUUCCAGUCGUGGAUGCUCCAGCAAGAAAAUGCUUUUGACCCUUUGCAACAAGUCCAUCCCAAACCCAUUGCCCAAGCCAGACAGCAAAUAAUACCACUUCAAAUUUCCACAAAGCUUGGAGACUUUGGCUACUCCAAUCCUCUGAUAGCCCAUCACCAGACUCGGAAGGUCCAAAUAACCAUAUGGAGGGGGGUCGAUCCAUCCCCCAUUUCCAAAUCUGACCACAUUUCAUCUUUCCGAAUCUGGUUUGUCCCAAGUUCAUUUAUCAAGUUCAAAGGCUGAUCUUGCCCGUCCAAAGGUCCCUCCAUCUCUGAAGCCUCCGUCACUACAGCAGGUUCAUAUGCUUGUAUAGCCUUUAACUGAAUUUCAUUUGUUUGCUGCUGUGCUCUGGUAACUUCCAUCCUCAAGGUCGUCUCCUGACGCAUCUGGUCCAGCUGGGCACUUAGUUUUGAAAAACCUUCCAGGAACAAUUGUUCAAGCCUUUGUACUAGCAUUGUCCUUCAAGGUCAAAGAAAAUUCUUUCCCACGAGAAUAGUCCAAUAGUCCUUCUCUUUUAAUCUCUCUGCGUUGCAAUUUCACUAAAUUCCACUAGAUGGAAUUUUUUUUUUUUUAAAGGAAUAAAAGCAACAGCAACAAUCUUUCUUUUUCCAGAAACACUUUAUCCAAAAUUCCCCUUCCAAAUUCAAGAGGCAACAGUAGAAUCAAAAUGUUACCCUUCUUUUAACUAACUGUCGAGCUGGAUAAACUUCAGAACGUCAAUUCUGACAGCCCGCUCCUGGUUCAGGGCGGUGGAAAAUUGCUUUAUUUUAAACUCACUUCCGCAGGAUUGAAAAGUCCAAAUACAACCCCCUUUUUCUCCUGCUGUCAAAGGGGGUUCAGAAAUCUUAGAUGUUGAAUUCUAGUUCUCUUAAAAUUUAAUUUUCAGGCUUUAGUAUAUUUUGUCUUUGCUUUCUUCACAUAACAAAAGAACGGAAGGCGACUUCCUGUUUAGACCUUCCCAUUCCGAGUCCCAAUUAAGUUCAAUUUCAAGUCCAAUAUUAUUUGUUUAUUCACCAGUCUUAAAAGUGGUUCAGCUCUUCUAAGAUCAGGUACUCACGGAUAGAUGUUUUAGAUGCCAAAUUGUCCAGGAAAAAGGCAGCGCUCUCCGAUAACGGCAGUGCGGCUUUGCUGCACGGAGGAAGCAGACGACUCACAGCACCACGCACCCCCACUCCGGGGCCCGUUACCGGGCUCCUGUACAAGGGAGAGAGCGCUCUCGGUGCCCGCCGAGUCCCACGUCCACAGGCUUCUUCCGCCUGUGGUUUUUGCGGGUCCCCGCUGCGCCGUAGCGGCAGGACCCAAGCCUCCGUGCAGCGGGUUCCCUUCAGUCCGAAGGGAAUUCCGCCAUUUUCCGGAGGCGCCACCCCGGAAGUGCUAGGGUCGUGGGUUCAAGCCCCACGUUGGGCAAAAGAUUCCUGCAUUGCAAGGGAUUGGACUGGAUUAAGCCAGUGGUCCCUUCCAACUCCAGCAUUCUGUGAUCCUAUGUACCUUUCAUUAACAGCUUUUUAGGUGGAGAAAGGCCUCGAUUUAUUGGCUCUUGUUUAAAAAUGCACCAUACGUGCAUUUAUAGAAUUAAUCCCUCCACCCGCUUCCAAAUCAUACAGCAGUGUUUUUAUCACGUGGCUUUUUAGCACACACUGGGUUCGCCAGGGUGGAAGUGAGGAAAGGCAUGUUCUUCAGCCAAGCUCUGGUUGGCAGCCCUGCACAUUUCUAUUGAAUUAGGAUAUUGGAUCACCUCUGAAAUCUAUCUCAGCAUUGUGGUAUUUUAUGGCUGACAUUAUUGUUGUAAGGUCCUGUGGUUUGGGCUUUUCCUCCCCUAGCCCUUUUCACUUUCCCAUGGCAGUAGACAUUGCGGUCCUGGAAUGGGCUGCUUGUCUUUGAAGGCUGAGGCUGCUUCUUUUGCUUUCCUGCGUCGUUGAGGUUUCAAGUGGAAAAUGAGAGGAUGACUCGGGCAUGGCUAGAGAGCUAAUUUUCUUACUUACUUACGCUUUGCUUUAUAUUACUGCCGUGGUUUCCAAAACGCGUCCUGGGGAACCCUGGGGUUCCUUGGAAGCUGAUGGGAGGUUCCGCCUGGGAGAAUAACAUUAAUGGCAGGCAAAGCUUCCUUCAAAGACAGAUUGGCCAAAAGGGUGUUUGUUAGGCUGGGCAACAGGCCCGUGAGUCCAGCCUGUGACCAAGGACAAAUUCUUCACCCCAGAAUCCUUUGCAACAUAAACCAGUUCUAUGAGCCAGGAAAUUGCAGAAGGCUGAAAGUUUGAAAAGUGGUCAUUUUCCUCACAGUUUUUUUCUUUUUUCUUUUCGGACAUUGAUGUUCAGAUUUUCAUCUGGCUGGUUACCGUGAAGUUCUUAAUAUUAGUGGCAGGAUCCCAUAUAUUUGACCACCUUUUCCCAGGCCCCAUCUCCAGCUGGAGAGAAUGAGUGUUACUCUUUCUCCCUCCCUCACCCCCUCAAUGCCCUUUGCAGAUGAUGCUCUACUCACAUGCUGGGGUACCAUGUUAGCUAUACCCACUGCUCUGCACUGCCUGGGUUCAGGGGAACACCUCUUCUGAGCAUGGGAACACUCCCAUUCCUACUGGGCUGGCUUACACAUUGUUAUUGUUCCCACAUGUACAGUGUGGCACAAGAGUAUUCCUGCAUAAACACACCUCAACACUUCGGACAUUUAGUAUGAAUUAAGGGCUAUCGGUGUACUGUUGUGUUGUUGUGUGUACUGUUGUGUUGUUGUAUAUUGCAUGGAAGUAAGCUCCCACACACAUGAUUUCUUGUGGCAUAUAUGUUGCAUGGGGAGCAAUUACUGGCAGACACCCCAGUCCAUACAUAAUGGCCAAAUUAUGGAGUUUCAUCCGACCCCACCAUGUGUCAUGCACAUAAAUUAUGAAUGUUUCAUUUUGCUGUACUUAUUUACUUGCUUUUAUCCUGUAUUUUAUUCUGCGAACUGCCGUGGGAUCUUAUGAUGAAGGGCAAUAUAGAAAUAUAAUUAUACAUAUGCACAUACUUGUGUUUGAGCCAGCCCUAAAUAAGUCUGAGACAGGAUUUAGAUGAAUAGAUUCUUCUCUCGCCUAAACCCUGGUGUGACUGCAGCUACAAUGUGUAAUCUAGGAGCCAGCCAAAGAGAUCUAGAUCAUACAUGAGAGUCACACCUCAUACCACAUAGAAGUGGCCCCUCCCUCCCUCAAAGCCUUCGUAUUCAAAACUCAUUGUAUUGCUCAUUGACUGAAAUACUUUGGAGAUCUCUUUUAAGAGAUUGGGUGGGUCUGCGUUCAUUUCUGAGGACCUUUUCAAGUCUUUCCUCACAAAGGAAACCCUCUCUGAGUUGCAUCCACUGUAGUGGUUAGGGAGGAGCAUCUUUCAGGCCUUCCUGAACUUUGAACUUCCAGUUUUAACUUUGGGGCACGUCCUUCUUUUUCAAUCUUGGCUUUGCUUAUCUGUAAAAAUUGUAUUGAAUACACGCUUAAUGGGAUUAUUGUGAUAAUUAAUGAGAGAGAGAGAGAUGAAAAGCACUUCCCACACAAGAAAGACGUUAGGAAUCUUUCUUUUCUUGUUCAUUUAAAUCUUUAUGGAACUUUUUGUUGCUGAGUUGUGUCCAGUUCAGUGGUAUUUAUUUAUUGUUCCAAUAGCUCUCAAUUGCUUUUCACGGUAAGCUUUUCUUUGAUAGCCCUGACGGAAUGCUGAUUACCAUUUUUGCAAUAAUAUUGUAUCCAGUUCAUUUAUAUUUGACCAUGGGUGGGGAGGACAUCUGUAUUUUGCUGUGGAGACGUUGGUUGCAUUUGGAUGCCACACUAAGCCAUAAACCAUGGGUGAGCAAAUCAGUCUGUGCAUGAGCUGGGCUUGAGCUCCCUGCUCUGCUAUUUCCUGCGGCCAGCAGAAAAACAAACCAAAGGAUGGCUGGCUUAGCAUUACACCCAAAACAGCCCUCCCCAAGAAGCCACAGUUGGGAACCUUGGCUUCCUAUUGUGGUUUGUUUGCAGCAGAAUUAACUGGGACAGUGGUUGGGAUGUAAUGCUAAGCCAACCAAUUUCAUGGCUUGUUUCUCCAUUGGAGAAAGGGAGGCUCGUGCACAAACUCACCUGGUUAACCAUGGUUGAUGGCUCGGUGCUGCAUCCGAAUGUGUCCCACGGAAAAUGUACCUUGAGUCAAGGCCCGCUGUCAUCAUCACUCUGUUUGGGAAUUAAAAAGGUAAAGGGACCCCUGACCAUUAGGUCCAGUCGUGACCGACUCUGGGGUUGCGGCGCUCAUCUCGCUUUAUUGGCCGAGGGAGCCGGCGUUUGUCCACAGACAGCUUCCGGGUCAUGUGACCAGCAUGACUAAGACGCUUCUGGCGAACCAGAGCAGCGCACGGAAACGCCGUUUACCUUCCCACCGGAGCGGUACCUAUUUAUCUACUUGCACUUUGACGUGCUUUUGAACUGGUAGGUUGGCAGGAGCAGGGACCGAGCAACGGGAGCUCACCCCGUCGCAGGGAUUCAAACCACCGACCUUUUGAUCGGCAAGUCCUAGGCUCUGUGGUUUAACCCACAGUGCCACCUGCGUCCCGCUUGGGAAUUACUGUGGUCCUUUUAUAGGUAAUGUGUGUGUGUGUGUGUGUGUGUGUGUGUGUGUGUGUGGUGGGGGAAUCUAGGAUUCCUGUGAGAGGUGUAAUGGAAGGUUUUGACAAGUUUCCCCUCUCUUUCCCUUCUCUUCACUGGUUCUCUCUCGCUCUCUCUUUCAGAAACACAGUUUCUUCACCCUGCACGAAUCCAAAGAGACAGACGUGGCUUCUUUUGUCAAACUCAUCCUGGGGAACUGAGAAAUGGACUUGUACAUGAUUUUACCCUUCUGUGGACUGGUGGGCUUUAGGAGGAGGGGCACGUGGCAGGGCAGCCCUCAUCGGAGAACCAGUAGGAGAACCUGCCACUGGCCAAUUUUUGUUUUUUUUUAUUAAUUAUUAUUAUUAUUAAUAUUAUUAUUAUUGCUAAAGUCCUAUCAUCAUCCUCUUGAAGGUUUUUAUUUUUAUUUUUUAAAGGGUUCCUUGGUAACCAUAGUAACUUAGAAUGAACUGGUUAGUGAAAUGAAUUUUAAUAAGGUUGUCAACUGUAAACGAACAAAAAUUUAAAAGAGUGAUUGAAAUGACGACAGUCGCAAGUUCUGUUAGCGUGGCCUCAGUCCCACCCCCACCCCAUGUUCCCUGUCAGACCAGAUUUGCUUUCGUUUAUGGUAAUAGGUGCUACGGUAGUUAUGAAGUUCUAUAUGUAGAGUUAUAUUUUGUCCCUACCAUUGUUUUAAUAUUUAUGUUAAGUGCUUGAUUUUAAUAGAACCCUUUUUAUUUUGUUCUUAUGUGAGAGUUGGAAGGUGGGGGGUGAUGACAGCUGCAACAGCUAAAGCUACAAAGAUUAGUAUUUAUAGGGCUUUGCUGGGAAACGGAGGAGGAGAAAGCAUGGGCCAUAUAGAUAAAUAUUAUAUAUAUGUAUAGGGUGGAAGACUAAUUUUAAUUUCAAUGAAGAGUUUGGCUUAUAUGUUAGGCAGCCCACUGAUGCACGAGAAGGCUUGCAUCCUUCUUUAGGAGGUGCCCAGAGCCAACAUUGUUCUUGUACAAACAUCAAGAGGAUGCAAAAACAUUGCUGUGGUGACUUCUUAUUCCAUUGCUUUGGUUAUGCCUUCAAUGAAUAAUUAUAUUCUGAAGUGCGGGAUAUAUAUCUAUAUACGUCUCACACAUUAACUGUUUACUAAGCAAUGGUGAAUCAAUCACCUUAUGACCAACAGCCAGUGCCCUCUCUGUUGGCUGUAAGUCAUGGGCCAAUGCAUUUGACUGAAGAGAAGGUGAUGCCCUGAAGGAAAAUGGAACUUAGAGGGGUGCAGCUCUUGACGAGGAUGCAAAAGCUGGGGCCAGGGGCCAGUCAGUUUUGCACUGCUCGUUUUUAUACUGGCAGGAGUAUUCCUUUUUUUUUUUUUGGUCUCAAACACUCACACGUCAUACACAAAUUGCCACUUCGUUGCUCAUCUCCCACCAACCCCCUCACAACUUUCCACUUUUUCUGGAUGCUUAAGCUGAGCAAGUCCCACCCUACACGUCUGGCACAGGAUCAAACAGUGUUUCUGUCUGAAAAGCAUAGCAAAACCAAGUGAAUAGGAGUUGGACAAUAAGUGUUGCACCCCUCAUCUUAAUUUGUUGCUGUGACCAUUAUUAUUAUUGUUGUUGUUAUUUUCAAAAAAACACUCUUUUGGCCAAACAGUACUGACUUGAGUGACUUAAGGCCUGGUGGUAACUGUUUCUGGAAUUGCCCAAGGCCUUCUUCCACCUUGACCUGCCCUUAGUCACAGCUUUGUUGUUAUGGCGGUUUGCAUGGCCACCUAAUCUCCAUUCAAUAUAUUCUAUAGCAAGGCCUCAGGGGUCUUAUCUGAUGGAGGCUGUGGCAGUUCUGUCAAGAACUCUUUUGCUCCUGAAGCGUUUCCAUUUCCUGAACUGAACCAUGGCAGUGUUGACAAUGGGUGAGGAAUGCUGUACUGCCGGUUUGGUGUUGAGGGAGAAAGUUAACGUUCCUGCUAGUGCUUUGUCCUUUCACUUGGGACACACUACUUCUGCCCCUGAAUUCAAACAUGAGGGCAUCAGUGUGGAGCAGCUCAGAAUUCAGACAAGCAGCCACGCCAGGUGAAGACCCAAAGCGUCAGUGUUUGCCGUGUCAAUUUUGUUCACAGAACUUGCCGUCCUGUUCUCCUGCAGUCCACGUUUUACAACGCAACCGGUCGUUGGUGCGUACGCCGAUUGGAAACCAUUCAGGAGACAUUUGACUGCAGACAAAACACUAAAGUGGGCUCGCAUUUCUUUGUAACCUUAAAGGCCUAGAAAGGCUUGUAACCUGCUCCUAGUUUUCCAUUUUAUGUGCAUGCUUCCCCCCCCCCUCGCUUCCAAUUCCCACCCCUCCCCAUUGAUUCUGAGCUGCUUUGAUUGAUUGUCUGCAGCUGCAGCUGCAUCUCAGCCAGCCAGUUUUUAGAACUGGUUCCAGCAUCAAUUCUCACUUUGAAAAACAUGACAUUUAAAACCAGCUUUUUGGUUUUCCUACAUAUGGAUCUGAUGCUUGCUGUAGAGAUUGUUUUUGCUGCUUUCCUCUUGGAAUAGAAGACUCGUUUGGACACCACAUCCUCUUGACCUCAGAACACCUUUAUUUGAGUGCUGUGGUAACAGACAGGCUGGAUUUACGAGAUAGGAUCAGUGUUAAUAGCCGAUAUUAAUAUCCCCAUUGGUUUCCUAUAGUAGAAUGCCAGUGCUGUCUACAGCAAGUCAGUUUAGAAAGGAUUAUUGCACUGUGAAUCAACACUACAUGCCUCGGGCUUUAUUUUAGGAAUUAAAAUGUGGAGUCUAAGUUCCUUAAUCACUUAGGUGCUUUUGAGUUUUUUUGUCAACUCUUGUCUCUGUAUAAUUUGUCCUUUGGCAGGUACAUAGACCUUUAUCGAGUCUUAGAAUAAAGCACACCCAGGUUAUUUCCCCCUUCCCAAUCAAAACUGCAAAGCUUGUGUGUUCUUGUUAUUUGAAAGUUCACAUACCAUGUUAGUGAAGAUUGUUUCUAGGGAUAUCUCAAAAGUGUUUAAGGUGCAGUCAAAAUUAUUCAUUUCCUAAAGGAUGUCGGAAAGAAGGGGAGAAGAAAUAGAUGAUCACAUAGUGCACCAAUGACAGAAGCAGAAGCAAUGGGUUUAAAUUACAGGAAAGCAGAUUCAAAUUUACACAUUUGAAGAAGCCUUGUUGACUCAUGCAUAUUGUUCCUCAAUAGGACGUGCUGCCUGGGGAAGUUGAGGAAACUGCAUUCUUGGAGGUUGCCCAGUACAAUUGGGACGCAUCCAUUUGGG